AUGGCUGAUCCUCUGCGGAGGACUUUACUAGCGAAACUCCGGGGAAAGAAAUCCAAGAAAGGAGCGACGGUCGGCGGUGGAUACGGCUCUGCUGCUGCGGCUGCUGCUGCUGCUUCUGCGGUGAAUGGGGGCCGAGAAGGUAAAGAAAAAGUUUUGCAAACGCUGCGAGACUCCGACGAGGCUCGCCCGGUAGUGUUGCUCACAGGGCUGGAUUGCACGACAGAGAGAAUGAGUACGUACGAGAAUUGUGUUGACGGGACGAUGGUGCAGACAGGGGGGGUUGUGAUAGUCCGGGAGAGUCGGCCAGAGUUGGAGCUGGCCGGCGCACGUCCCCAGGAGCGAAGCAGCGGGGGCAGGGUUCGGGUUAAUGAGGAGCUCCUGGGGGUCUCACUUCAAAGAGACGAUCAGUUCGGGGGACAUGCGUUCAGGGAGGGACGUAGGAGCCACCACCACCAGGGGCCAAGAUCCGGUGGUCAAAUCGCGUUAUCGACAGGGGUCCCGCAUGUGCAGAGAAAACACUUCAUCGCGGUGCAGAAACAGUGCAGCGUGGGGGAUUCAAUCGGGUUUGGGGACAACUCCAAUCCAAGAGUAGAAACCAGGGUGGGUCAACCAGCAGAGGGACGGGUUGUUCCCACAGGGACAGAGCCAGGGGACAGAGGGCUCUCCCGGCACAUGGCAGGCACAGUCAUAGCGGUGAAUGAACGCAACGCCAACUGGACUUAUGACAACAAUCAAACUCUGGAGACGAACACGCCGGUUUAUGCGGCACUCAUUCAUCCAAACUGUGCGUCCAGGAACGCAGAAGAAAGCAUCAUUAUCAGAGAUGUGGAGAGCUAUGAGCCUGCAGAUACAGGGGACAUUAGAGGACCUGCAGGUACUGUGCAGAGCCCCACUUUCUUUCCUACAGAGUUAGAAAUCUGUGACAUAAACAUGGAGGAGACCUCUCUUAGAUACACUUUAGAUAGUGAGGAUGAUUAUUAUGAUAAUGAAAUUCUACCUUUUUAUGAGACUGUCAAAGCAAGAAGCGAUAAGGCAGAGGUUACAGAGCUGCAGCAGCCUGGUCAGGAUAAAGAUGAGAGUAGCAGCGCCCAGGAGACGGACAGGCUGAGAAACCAGUUAAAAGAAGCGUAUUACCUUCUUAUCAAUGCUAUGAAUGAUAUCAACAUGGAUGUACAGCAGAUUAGCAGUGGUUUUACUGAGCAGCAGGCCACCUCCUCCUGCAGCAGCCACUCCAGGGAUAGUCUGUGCUCUAGGUUGUCUGCCAAAAACAUGGACAGUGACUCCUGGUCCUCAGGAGGAGAUCACAGCCCCCAGCAGGUGUCUGACACUGACUCUCUGCUCCUGUGCCUCACUGGGAACUCUGAGUCAGGGCUUAAAGGCAGGUUGAACAGUAAGAGUUUGGUAAACCUGUCCUUUACUAAGGUUAGACCUAAAUUAGCUCGCUCCACUAGUGACAGUGCGAUCAGGUAUCCAGGUGGACACUCGCCCUGUUUUCAGACUCCAGAAACUUGUGAGGAAAAAGAGGCCGUAGAGAGAACAGAUGCAGAGAGGGAAAAAGUCACAGGAGCUGGUGAACUGUCAGAAACUCAAGGGCUUUACCAUGCCAUCAGCAGUGAUGAGCUGCUACAAGAUCCUGGAGGCGAUGAAGACCGCGGCGGGCGGCUCAACGAGAGCAGCAGCUCGGUCAACAGCCUCACGGGUUCCUCAGACAGCAACCAAGGCCACGACGGCAAACAGGGAGCCCGAUCACAAGGGGCCAACUCUGCCAACAAAGGGCCUGGUGUCACCGUCAACAAGAUGCAGGAGUGGAUGCAUAAGGGGCAGUUGCUGUCCUCAGAGAUGAAGCAGCGAAUCGAAGGCUCGUCCUCACCCCGUGGAGGAUCCCAAAGCCAGGAUCGUGGAGUUAAAUCUAUCAAGGCCAAGUCACCUACGAUCAAGUCAAGGCAACAGCAGCAGCAGCACCCAGGUAGGAAGGCUACACGGAGUCACCUCAGCUCCUGUGGAUCCUCUUAAAUCAAAGACCUCUCACCCUCCUUCCUCCGUCUGAUUGUUGUCAUCCUCCUCCACUCAUAGUAAACUCCGUCUGGUGGCGGUCCACCCUGCACUCCUCCUCUUCUGGAUGCAAAGCAAAGGGACGAGACUCCUCAGACCUCUUUGCUUUCCUUUUAACCGGUGGCGGGUUCUGUUCCUUCACACUAAUUUAGGUUCAUUUUAACACUAAAUUAAUCGCACAUCAGGUUGUAGGUCGGAUCACUCACAGUGUGGAUCAGUAACAACUAACUCACUCUCUCUGAUAGCUGCGGUGGUAGUCUUCAUGGUGUUGGUGGCGGGUUUUGUGUGUGUGUGCCUUUGACUUUUGACUGUGUUCAAAUGCCAUAUGAUUUUCUAAUUGAUGAUCUGUUGGUAUAAAUGUGCAAAACAGGAAAACAUCUGUAUCAUGAAAAGUGUUCAAAAAUGCAAGUUCAAGUAAAAUCAUAGAGAUAGGUCUAAAUUUUAUACGACAGGUCGAUCGGAGCUUUAAAUCAAAUCUUGUCGUUAUCCUUUGUGUGUCCGUAGAUGUAUUUCAUACGAUUUCUCAUCUAUUUUUAACUCAGAGUCAUUCUUUCUUGAAUAGCGCUGCUGUGUUUUGCUAAAUUAUUGAUUUGUGGAUUGAAAAACAGAGACUGCAAACUUUUCUUGAAUCUCGCUAAACCCUUGAAAAAUUCCACAAGCAAAACUGUCAGAUAUUGAUUAACGAAAGCCCCUUAAAUAUGAGAAAAUACCAGUUUUCUCAUUAGCGGAUAAGAGGCUAUUAGUCUUGAACUUUUAGGUUGACAAAGAAAAGUUAUGAUGAGAUUUGUUAGCUCUCUUUUUUUUAACAAUUUAUAAGUCACACUAGGAAUGUAUAGAAAACAACAGAAAACAGUAAAAGUGAGCACUAUUUAAAUUGUGUCAAUUUAGUUUGCAGAGUGUGGCUAACAUUGGCAGAGCUAGCACUCCCAGCCACAGGUCAGCCUUACAGUUUAUUACCCUUGUUGGUGUUAAACACAAUGCAAGACCCACACUUCAGGCCUGUGGUAAUGAACUAACAGCCAAAGUAGCAAUCAUUUGAUCCACUGACUAGUAGUCCACCAUGAGCUAAAUUUAAACCAUGUGUAGAUGAGUUUAGGCCGGUGUCGUCAGCAUACAUGUGUUAUUUUAAGCACAAAGUGGAUAAUGUUUCCCCCUCUGAUGAGUAGAUAGCUCUAUUAAUGAAACAUGGCAGUUCAUGAAAGAGACCAUUGUGAUUGCAAGGUUGCAUAAAACUGUUAAAUGGAGGUAAUACUGCUUGUGCCCAUAGGUGGCACUGUUACUAUGACAAAACGUAUAUGUAGGACCACUAACAAACCUGUGAAUAUUGGAGUUGUUGGGAUAUUGUGCUCAAGAGUUGAUGCGAUUCCAUAGGGUGGCGCUAUGGCUGUAAUUGAGAAGUUAUCAAAUGGAUGUAAUCAAGGGUGGACCUUGAUCAUGUGUAUGAAGUUUUAAAGAGACUGAAUGUUGUAUGAACAAGGGACAGCUACUUCCUGUUUCAUGGCAAGACCUUGUCGUUACUGUUAUGGCUGCACCCUUUGAUGCACAGAUGAGACUUUGAUUACUUUUUAUCUAUAAUCUGUCGACAAUCAACUGUGAGCAAUACUUGAUAGAUGGAAACCCCUAGGAGGAGUUUGUUUUCAUAUGGUCAGUUCAGUAGACUAAGGGUUUGCUGUUGAGUAAGAUACUUGGGGCCUAAAUACGAUCACUAGGUAGAAUGAAUGAAUGAAUAAAUGAAUGAAUUGUUCCAAAUGGCUUUUUGCAUUGUGUACUUUGGCCCUAUUAAGAUCCACUAACCCUCCUGUGGUACACACAGUCAGUUGGAUGAACAUCAGCCGUUUCACCAUUAAGGUCAAUAAGGUUCCUGCUCACUGUGUAGUCCAUGGAUUUCUUCAUCAAGUGACUCUAAAACAGGUCAGCUAGCCUGUUCAGUAACUGGAAACUGUCAAUGUGGGAAACUUUAUACUGACAUAUUUAGCACUGGCUCUCAUGUCUUCAACCAGUGGCUUUUUAAGUCUCUCACACGUAUGUAUAUGCUUGCGUGCCAGCGUGCGUGAUGUUCUGACAGUGUUUUCCAGUGUAAACAGAUGACCUGCCAUGUGCACAGGCUGUUGUUGACUGUCACUGUGUUGUGCUGCUUGAAAUAGAGAGUGAGCUGCUGAGAGGAAGGCCCUCUGUGUUUGACUUCCAACCUCUUUUGGCUCUUAAAGCUCUAGUUUUUGCAUCUCCAGCUCUUUCCUCUUGUUAAAACGAGAACAGGACUCUUCUUCAUAUAAAUUUCCAAUUUCUUUACCUCCUCGAUUCCUCAUUUUUUCCCUAUUUCGCUCCACUUUCCCCUCUCUGUCCCCACUGAACUUUUCCACAGCUGUGGCCAGAGGAAUCCAAAGCAGGGGAGAAGCCACUGCAGUCUCUCUCUGUGGUUGUGUGUGUGUGUAAGUGUGUGUUUCAGAGUGUGUGUUUAAGGGGGGGUUGGGCUGUCAUGUUGCCUUCCUCCCCAGUCGUUUGCUCUGGACAGCUCCAUGGUAACUUGCAUUUUAAAGUGACUCCGGAUUGAAUAUUUAGGAUGCCAUUCCUGUUGUUUAACUUGUUUGCGUUGUGUCACUUAAUUCCUCGCCAUGAAUGAACAAAAUGAAGGGCGAUUAAGUAUUUAUUAAGGUCAGCCCUGGGCUUAUCUUGCCCCUGUGGGCCUCUCAGGGCCUCACAAAGAGCCAUUUAAAAAAAGAAAUGCCAAAGCUCUCAAAAGCUUCGGUGAAUUGCUUGUCUUGGCUGGAAACUCUUCAUUGAGUUUAUAGCUCUCUGUCUUAAUUCAUGCAAAUAUUUAGACGUUUCAACUUUCUAAAAAUAGACCCUCUGAUUCCUCCCCUGAGUGUGAGUCGGAAAUCAAACCUCAGUAUGAAGUCACAGAGCGAAUAGUUAGCUUAAUCAGACCGAAGCUAAUUUACGCCUGCUGAGACUUGUGAUUUAAUUACUGUGUUAAAAAAAAGUAAGACGUCCAUCAUCUCCCACAGCUGAUAGCGUCACUCUGUACUUGUACAUAUGUGGGUGGUGAACAUGCACAUCUCUGCCGUGGUCAUGCAUGCUUGUAUUUGCAGGUGGAGGAUUUAUAGUUUUGUUGUGUUGUUGCAGCAGCAGAGUCUUGGGUUGCAGGCAGGCAGAGUACAUGUAUCAUGUUUUGGCCACAGCUGAGCUCAGGAGUGGUGUGUCAGUCAAAGCUGGUGUUGAGAGUAAGCCAGAGACACCUGAAAAUGAGGGAGUUUGGAAUCCACACCUGGGAGGCAGAUUUUUUUUUCUCUUGUUAUAUUUCUUUUUUGUGCAGCUCAGACUGUGAAAUAUAAUCUGUUGGAUGUAAGUACCAACCGCUUUGGAAAGAGUAGUGUUCGCUUAGAAAAGUGACACUUUUCUAUGUUAUCUUUGUCAAAGUGGAAAAAGUUGUUUAGCAGGAACAAGGUUGACUUUUUCAACCAAGUGCUAUCGUGAAAUAUUACAAUGUCAAUGUCUUGGUUGAAUGUGAAGCCACUCAGCAGCUGGAAAAACUGGCUUAACUACACCCAAAGUUCAAAUAUGAUCUAUAAGUUAAUGAAGAUUUGGUAUAAGUUAAGUUUUCAUCUUAGGAAGAGGCAUCAUGGUGAGUAGUAGAUAUGCUCCAUCCAUCAUUUGGUUAUUAUUGAACCUCCUUCUGGUUGGUCUAUCAUGUCACUCAACAAACAAGCUAGCAAAAGCCUAACUUAAUAUAAGACCACGGACGAAAACAUGGACAACUUUACGGCUCCCUAUGUUUUGUAUUUUUGUCUUUUUUAACUUGCAAUUUGACUGCUGGUUGAACGCUCAGGCUGCAUGCACUAAAUACUUAAGCUGGUUUGGGGCAGAUUAAGACGUUUACAUGCAAGAAAAUACAGAUAUCCAACACCAUAAUCCAGAUAUGUAACUCCAAUUUAAAGAUAUUUAAACAAGUUAGAUUUUAUUCAAAAGUCCAGUGUUCAUUAGACAGAUGCAAUACAUUAAAUCUCCAACAUCGCAGUAAAGCCUUGUAGUUCAGGGUAGAAAGGGAUAUUUCAAUACAGACUUGAAUGGGGUCUGUUUGACUUUCGGAACCUGCCUCAAGUGGACACUUGAGGAACUGCAGAUUUUUUUUCACUGCAUAUUUACAGUUUAUUUUUUUUUUACUGCUGGUGUUUUAUAUGAGGAGACAGCUUCUUUUGCUCUACAGUUUUCCAUCUUCACACUUUGUUGUUCAUACCAGGAGGUUAUAUGAGAUGUAUGAGUCACAUGUCACACUUUGUUGUUUGUAUAAAUACAGAUUUGUUUAAAUCUUCUAUUAACCCAGUUGAGCUGUAUCCCUUUAUUUGUAUUUAUUGUGCUAAACUGAACGCCUUCGUAUAUAUCAUUAAAAUAAAAGAGGCAAAAGGUCUUUCCAACUUAAUCUUGACACGCAAGUACACUCAAAGUUUAACUACCUUUUUGAGAGUAUUUGCCAAGUCUGAUGCACAUAAGUCAUUUUGUACAGUACUGCUUAUCAUUAACAUACAGAUCUCAUUAAUUCCUGCUUGCUCAGUAGAUUCAGGGUGCAGGUGUAAUAUAACUCUCCCCGACUGCUGUCAAGUCAUGUCAGAACGAUGUGGCGUUCGGUUUCUGCCAGAAACCUUGUUACUGAGCUGCAGCGCUGUUGUUUUCUUCACACGGAGACACGCAGCGCUGAUGGUAAAGGUCCAAUAACUUGUCUUGUUGGUGUGUCUGUUCUUGGACAGAUUUAUGGAGGAUGGUAGCCCUAAAGACAGAUCAGGUGAUGAAGGAGAAACUUGUGGCAUGAGGGGUUCAUACCAGGAGGUUUUAUGAGAUGUGUGAGUCACAUGGCGUUGUCUCAAACUUGUUUGGUAAUUUGAAAUGAUUGAUUAUCAGUAGAAGCGCCUCUGUUGUGCUUAUUAGUUGGCAGCAUUUUACCAAAGGCUGCUCGUCAGGGUUGUUAGUUGUCUUCAUUUAAACUGUAAUUUUGGCCAAAUUGGGUCAAACUGUGAGACUACGAGACCGUUUUGAGCGUGCAUAGUCCUCCCUCUUUUACAUUUUAUCAGUGUUUUGUACAGACACAUUGAGACAAGACAGAAGAUUCACUGAAAGAGCUGCAACACUGAAAAGAAUUUGGGUCUGAGGCCAACACACUGAGGAGGAAGUUGUAUUAGCGUUAGCAGACUUUGCUGCCAGGACGCCUCAGCGGGAUGCAAGUGUUGACAUGUGAUGCAACCCUGGACGAUCCCAGCUCUGCCCUGGUGUAAAGAGAAAAAUCUACACCAAGAAUCCUCAUUAGCAUAUGAAUGGGUGUCAACAGGAAUGUAUGGCACACAGCUAAAGAUUCCCUCUGAAGGCGGGGAGUCUUAAACUUUGUAUACACAACAAAAGUGUUGUCUGUACGGAGGAGAGAACUAGCUGGUGUGUGUUUUUCACUCAUCAAAAGAGGAGAAAAAGGAAAUUCAGGAAAUAAAGGAGAGCGUAUGGGAAAGUGGAUCGAGUUUUGUCUAAGAGGAGAAAAAGAUUCAGCCAUUCAGAAGAUCAAGACAUGAGUAUAAUUGGGUUUUCUGUCAGGCUAACGUGGCACAGGUUCACACCAGCUCAUCCAGGAAAUACGAUUUUUAAAAAAAAGUUUGCAUUCCUCUCUGCAGCUCAGACGAACCCACAUCGCUCCUCCCUGUCCUCCUCUCUCUUUUCUCUUUAUUUUCUCACACAGACGUGCACCCUCGUAUUAUGAGCUCCAGCCAUCUGUUACCUCCAGGUCAGGGGUGUGACUUUAACGUGCCCCAAACACAUCAUCUUCAUGCCACUGUGGCGCGCAGGGAGACAGGCGGUGAAGUAAAAACUGUCAGAAUCCAUUUUUGUGUGUGUGGUGUCAGCAGGUAUCUGUGAUCUACAGUCCCUGACACCAAAAAUCGACUGAAGUGGAAAGUUGUGGCUCACAUGAGAAUUCUUGGAGAAGUCUUAAGUUAUCGUAAAUAAAACAUUGAAUGAAUAAUAUGCUCUGCCUUGUCCCCAGAGGCCACCGUCACCUGAGGGGUGAGCAAGCGAGCACUUAAAUAAAAAGUAGAAACGACUGUCAUUGUACUGCAAAAGGUGUUAUCCAAGUGUUGCGUUUACAUUCCCACUUGUUAAUAAGAUAGGAUUAAUAUCAGAGCACAAAAUCUGUUUAUUCAUUCAAAGUAAGAGUAAUAAACUAUCGUACUCAAGACAAAGUAAAUCAACAGUCCUACAUAGUCCUGUUUGCCCAUUUUAUUCAAAAGACGACUUCAGAUGAAUAAAUGAUCUUUAUUGUGUUGUUAUUGUUAUCUCUAGAUUAACUUAUCUCAUUUUCCUUCCCUUAUACUUAAGUGUUGACGUCUGUUGUGUUUGCUUAGGGCUGAAAAUGUCUCAAUAUCCUGUAUGUUUCACACUUAAGCCGUCAUCCUUUCUCCUGUCAGUCAGGUCUUGAGGAUGUGGUGUGUCUUGUUAAAGCUGUUCUUUUUUAAUAUGAGUCGUAACUUUGAGGUUAUUUUUAAGAAGAGUCGACGUCCUCAUCCAUUUUUCACCAGGCUGAAUCAGACAAAAAGCAGUUAAAGUGGAAAACGAUGUAGUGAAGCGGGAUGUUCACAGAGCUGGAAAGCCGCCAUUUAACACAAAUGGAAAAACGGUUAAAACCUUGUCGUCUAACUUAAACCGGCGUCCUCCUCUCGCCGCGUGUUUCUCCUCCUGUGUGACAGUGGAAGGAGACACAGCGAGGCCGUAAAUCUGGAGCUGUGGUCUGGAAUGCGGCUCGUGUCAGAACACGCUUCCUCUUCCAGUUAUGAAAGACCCCUUAAAGGAGAUGUGGCAUGCCGGCAAACGUCUCACCUAGGUCUCGUGUUACCUGAUUGAGCGUUGGCAGCAGAGUCUGCAGGUUUUUGGAUCUGGAUUCAUUUUUUUGUUGCCAAUUUGUUCGUUCCUGACACCCAUAACACAUUUGCUUUGUGGCAGUGGUUAAUAUUUGAAUGCAAAUCAACCAAAGAGUGUUUCUCUUAGAAAUCAUGUAGGGACCGGCAUCGAGUCUUGACCGGUGAGGAUUGUAGCCUCUGUAAGUGGGAAACCUGAAGCAGCUUCCUUUGAGGACAUCUAGUCAGCACCAGAAUUAUUUUUAGGGUCAACCAAUUACCGUAUUUUUUGGACUAUAGGGUGCUCUUAAAAUCCUUAAAUUUUCUCAAAAAUUGACAGUGCGCCUUGUAAUCCAGUGCGCCUUAUGUAUGAUUACUUGUUGUGUUUACUGACUGAUUUUAUGUGGUACAAUGCGCUCAAAAAUCUGUCGAAAUGUGUAGGCAACGAAGCCGCUCCGCUCAUGGAUAUUCGGAGCAUUACGGUACGCUGUGUCACUACCUGAUCGGCCCCGUAACAGGACCCCUGAGCAGUCUACAAGACUGCCUGACUGUAAUGUCUAAACUAGAAGUCCAUUCAUGUAAGACAGCCUGGGCCCGGAGUACGCCCCAGCAACAAUAAACCAAUCAAUGCGCCAAUGCUUAAUGCGCCUUUCACUGACUGACUGUCUUGUUUAAAAAGAAGCCGGAUGUUUUAUUUUGUGUCUUUGCCCGACUUCCUUUCCAGCACGGGUUAAUCUGUGCUGAAUUUAUCUGGCAUGCUCCAGCGUCCGGAACUCUUGCGAUCAGCUGCGGAACGGAAAGAAGCCAGUGGAAAUUGACACAUUAACUUGAAUUGUUACGAUCAGCUACGACAGGCGUAUACAGCCUUUUCGUAGCCGUUCCGGAUGUGGUGGAAAUUGGAGGUAAUUCGUUGUGCCUCAUCGCCCGAAAAAUACAUUACUUAUUUUACAUUAUUGUAGGUCCAAAAUGUCGAGUCAAAGCCGUAGCUCAUUCACUCAUCACUAGCUGGGGCUGUAUCUCCUCUCAGUGGCUGUAAUGCUUUAAUGCUAUACUACCUGGAUGUAAACAGCACAGAUGACAGGUGGUAUCUUGUAGAGGGAUCCGAUAUGGAGGGCUGUGUGUGUUGAUCUAGACUUGAGAUCAUAUUUCUUAACCAAUCUAGUUGAUCCGGCUGUAAUGAGCUUUUCUGUUAGUUUGCAAAACUUUGACUUUGUUCCUAAGUAAAAAUCUUCGAUGGAUUUCGGAGGGUUCAAAGGUCACCUUUGAGGCUCCAGCACCUGAAAACAAACCAUAACAGAUUACAACAGUUUGCCAGCUUUGGCUGACACAUGAACUCAUGAGACUUGAUACGGUGCCAGAAACAUGCUGUUUGUUUCAGCGAGUAGUUUCAACAUGCGAAUGCAAACACAGCUCUCAGACACGCUGAAGAUUUUCAAGGAAGAAAAUCGUCUGAAAUCUGAACCAGCAGAAAACAAGAAACACUUAAAGAUGUGCUUGACAUCCAGGCUGAGUGGCGGUCCGAGUGAGAAACAGAUGAGGCUGCGUUUGUGCCGUUCAAGCUGCUUGUUAUUUUGGAGAUUAGGAGUGCCUUAAAAGUGGCCUCUGUUCUGGCCACUGAGAGCUGUUUUAUAUCCUCAGCGGUGUCUUAUAUAAUCAGCUGGAGCACAGAGGAAUGGCACGUCGUCCAACAGAAGCAAUUUCAUCCCACUUUAAAUCAUUCCUGUCAUAUUUCCCAAGCGGGGGAAAAGUCAAGCAGUGAGUGAAGAAGUAAAGUUUAAAAGUUGUUUUGUUGUGGCGAAGAGAAGAAAGUGAAGAGUUUGAGGUUUUUACAGAUGGCAGCAGUUAAAGGAAGUCAACAGUUGCUGUAUAAAGUCGACUUGUAGAUCAAGACGGGACUUCAUAUGGAGGCUGUUUGGAGGGGCUGGUCCACUUCCAGGGAAAGUAAAUCCCGGUGGAGCCCUGUGCUCACUCUGUGCCGCGUUCAGGGCUUUUUCAAUAAAAGCAACCAAGCAAAGAAAAUACCUUUGUCUCAAUCGACUGAGUAGAAGUUAUGUAAUUUGAAACCAUGUGAUUUUUAACAUACUUCAGCCUUCCUCUCUUGGACUCGUCUGGAUUAAUAAUAACGCAGAAAGAAAAAAAAAGUCUGUUUGUUUUAUUCUGACUCAUUCACACUCCUUUUUUUUUAAUAGCCUCACUCUGGAUGUUUGAUUUCGUUAAGUGAAAAUAUUCCGCAGGUCUAUAAUUUGCUCAUGCAGCCUGGCGUGCACGAAAAUGCAUUUCCUCAAGGAAAGGAGAAGUUGUCAUUAAAGCAUGUGGAGGGGCUCGUCUGCGAGCUGCUCACGAUCAAAACAGUCUUUUACACGAGCCUGCUCUGCGUGUCGGAGCAGGACCCUGCCUUCAGCACCUCACACACACAUCAACACACACUCGCACAUGCUCAGAGGUUGUUUUUCUCCGGCUGUAUCUGCUCAUCUUAUGGAAAUAAAAACAAGUCAAAUCACUCUUUCAUUAUCGUAAAGCUAAUUCCACUGAUUCUUUAGAGCUGAGCAGAAACUUUUAAACAGCUUCUUUUAGGCGUUAAAGGGCCAUACCACCAUUUUUACUUUUUCCAUCCACAUAUAUUUUGCCACUGUUUGCACUUAUUGUCACCCCUGCACACACCCUCCUUUCUCUGCUCUAUUUUCACAGCUGUAAACGCCAGCAGUUUCUCACUCCUGUUUUUUUUUCACUGUGGUUGAAGAAAUGUGCGCUCAAUCCCUCCAUCUCCCUGUGAUCUUCUUUGAAUCCAAAGCCCACAUAUUCUCGAGGCGUCACUGAGGAGAAAAGAGGGGGGGAGGGGAGGUGCCUCGGGAGGAUUGUGGUAGUGAGAUCGAAAGUUUGACACCGGUCGUAAAAACAGAAUCGCAAUAACGCGUCUGAAAGUUAUGAAUCAAUUCAGAAAAGAAAGAGAGGAAGAGGUGUUUCUCUUUUGUUUUGGUGACGGUGAAAAGCAGAGUAGAGGAGAAGAAAGAGGGGAUGUGAGCGGAAAAAGGUGAUAAAACCUUUUUCACACCUGUGUUUUCUUGAUACAGAUGUUUUCCUCGACUUGGCAGGACAUGAAAACUCCGAGAUUAAAGUGACUUCAGUCAAUAAUUGCUAAAAUUAAGAUCAAAGUCAUAAUUAGUGGCUUUUUAUUCCAACCAAAUGAUUUUUUUUUUACUGUCUCCUGGCAUCGAGUAAUAACUCCCACACGCUCUCUCUGUCCUUCUGUCGCUCACUCAGCUUUCAUUGAGACUCUCCAGACCCCCUGCGUCAACGGCAGGGAGGCGGGCCGGGCCUGUGAGUCUCCAUCGUUAUGGCGGCCGCCCCUCACCACCAUCACCGUCUCCAAAAAGCGCAACUGGCUGCAGCAGAGCUCCCUCGGGAAGAGUCACUGCUCCAAGGAUGAGCAGCAGGGAAUGCUGGGAGCUGAGGAGGAGGGCGGCCAGAACUCCCAUCAUUCGCCACCUCCUCCCAGUCCUUCUCCAGACCAUCUGAGACCCUCAGGGGGGACCACAGCACGGCCGGUCCGACUGCAGCUGCCUCAGGUACGCCUCGAUGUCUAUCUUGUUUUUUAUCCAGAAAACAUAAAAACUUAACUCUGUUUUCACCUUUGGGAAAAGAAAAUAGCAGUGAUUCAUCUUCUGAAAGCCGCAGAAUAUGUCCAGGGAUUACACCAAGAUCUGAGUAUCUCUUGAUCUGAAAUUUUGCCAAGGUUUAAUGGAAGAUAAGCUAGUCUAGUGCUGUUUUGGGCGUCCCACAACUUGGCAAACUACCUACAGCUGCAGUCUGGAAGAACCCACAGUACAUUAAAGCUAUCCAAGGAAGAAUAUCAGUUAAUUAAUUCAUUAAAUCUGUAAUGUACAAAAACUGCCCAUCAGUUGCGUUUUGGAGGCAUUAAUCUGUCCUACAAUUAAAUACUCAUUAGGAACCUUUACAGUGAAGCUGCAGAAAUUGAUGUUUCCCAUUCACUUGGAUGUUGAACUUUCAAGAAAGAAUAAAAAAUGAUGGUGGGGUAGGCAGGAUCAAAGGAAGUGCCAGUUUUUAGGAGAAAUCUUGAAUGUAAACUCUACCCCUCCCCACCAGUCUUGCCCUCAGCUCCUCCUCACUCCUCCCUCUCUGCUCCAGCAAGCCCCGCCCACAAACAGACGCUCCUGCUGGCUCGUAUCAUUCAGAUUAAAUUCAGAUAUAAUGCAGAUAAAUACUUCAGGUAAUUACAAAUGGAGCCCAGUCAAUGUGAAAGUAAAAAGCAUUGGUGCUACUGUAGAUGCCAACAGACUACCAGCAAACACAAUGUUUGCAGGACUUCUAAAACUAGGAUAAAGUGACAUAGUCCAGGACCCGAGGUCAACAGUUUAGCGGCGCUACAACACGCUACAGCAGGUCCGUUUGACAGGAAACACUUCUGUUACAGACACUUGUCUUACUUUGUUAAAGCGGUUGACCUGUCCAGCAGAAAUGUUACAGGGUCCGCAAGAUCCCAAAGCGUCCUCCAUCAUCAUUGACCCGGCUUUUUAGCUCUUGUCCGGUGGUCUACCUCCUUUUUAAGCAUGCGUUAUUCCGCCAGAGUCUCUGGUAUUUAGUUCAUUUUCUUGUUUGUGUUGGCAGUCGCGGCUAAAGGAGGAUUCAGAAAAUUUUCCGUACUUUCAGGUUGGUUCCUACUGUCUGAUAUUGUAGCACGCUAACUUUGUUUGGGCUCCUGAACGACACAGGGGAGCAGCGUCUGCCUCACAACCAAUCAGGACGGCUUUGUUUACAGUCAGAAAGAGCGGAGUGCUCUGAAAUUUUAAAAUGUUGACUACACAGACAUAACAAAACACAGCGAUAUCGUUAUAUUACCAAAUGUCAUCAAUGACGAAUAGCUAUUGACUGAUAUUAAAAGCUGUUUUGUAUAUACACCACAAAAAAGAUGCUUCUUUAACAGAUUCCUGCCUCCCCCACCUUUAAAGCUAAACACACACUUUGUCCUCUGUCUUGUUUUAGGCCGGUGUGGGUCAGGCUAAGGUAUCCCCUCACCCUCGGAGUGUGGACCCAGCCGAGGAGAAUGACGCUGACGACGAAGGGGAGAUCUGGUACAACCCCAUCCCUGAGGAUGACGAGGUGGAGAUGUCUCACCGACCAUCCAUUCAGCUGCUGGUUCCCUCUCGAACGGAGCUCCAGAGGAGGCCGAGCAGGGGGGCCGACGUGGGUCACGGCAGCAGGAACCUGGGGGUCAACGGCGGCUCGGUGCUAGAGGUACACGGAGAGAGCUUGUGUGGUGGAGGAGGAGCAGGAGACGGGAGUCAGGGGAAUGCUGCACAUUCCACAGAGGCACCACAUCUGCACAGACAGAUGCUCGCGUGCAAGCCCCCGGAGGAGGGUGGGCCUUCCACCAGCAGAGCUACAGGUAAGGCAUUUAAAGACACCCACGCACCCCUUCACGCUCUCUUUUUUACUCCUCUUUCUGCUUUUUUUUCACUUCCUCAUUCACCCCCUCACUUUUCAUUGGGCCUGAUCCUGGAGGCCGUUUAGUGUCUGUCGUUCAUCUCUCAGCCAGUCCCUCUCAGCAGAUUUUUGUGGUUGUUAACACCUUGAGCGCUAAUUACAGCUGUUGUUAAAAUUGUUCCCAAUUUAGAGGAUCAAGAGGCCUAUUUGGCUGAAAGUAAUCCCUGGCUGACUGUGGCUCUGCCUGGAGUGUGAAACUUUAAAACUGUCUUUGUCUGAUUUUCAACACACCUAACAUUUACAUGAUAAUUGCACUUUGUUAAAUGUGAAGUAGGUCAAAGUAUCUGCCAAAACACAACAACAGAAAGAUGUAAAAAGUAGAAUAUUUCAAUCAAAAAGUUACAAAGUGAGAAGUAAAACAAAAGAGAUUUGAAAGUACCACAAAACACAUAAAGGAGAAUUAAAUAAUAUAUAAAUAAUAAACAAUAAAAAAUCAUGAUUGGGAUGGGACAAAAUAAGUAUUGAUACACAAAGGUGAAAAAAUGAUAAUUUAAUUGAAAUAUGCGUCAUUCUGAUUAGAUAUAGGACAAAAAAAAGACAUAAAAUCCACACACCAGGAGGCUCCUGUAAAGGGUUUUUGACAAAAGUGAUAUUUCCAGCCAUCAUGCAGCAUCUUAAUAGUAUUAUUAUUAUUAUUAUUUUGUUAUCAUGAGCCAAAUAUCAAAUGUUGCAUUGUGUUGUAUCGUAUCGUAUCAUUUCGUAACAUCACAUAAGGUGUUGCAACAUAUCGUAUCAUAUGAUAUUACCAUUAUCAUGGGCCAAAUAUCAAAUGUCGUAUUGUACCGUAUCGUAUUAUAUCGUGUCGCACUGUAUCGUAUUGUAUUGUAUCGUGUUGUAUCAGAUUCUAUCAUAUUGUACCGUAUUGUGUUGUGUUGUAUUGUGUCGUAUCGUAUUAUAUCAUAUCAUCACAUAAGGUAUUGCAACAUAUCGUAUCAGAUGAUAUUAUCAUUAUCAUGGGCCAAAUAUCAAAUGUUGAAUUGUAUCGUAUCGUAUCAAAUCGUUUGAACUGUAACAUCACCUAAAAUAUUACAACAUAUCUAAUUGCAUGGUUUUGUAUCGUAGUGUGUUAUCUACUGUCCUAUCCAAUUAUUUCCCAUCAUAUUGUGAAUCAACUCCCUCCCCUUAUUACGGUACAUUUGUUGCUCAGUCAGCUGAGACGAUAACACUGUCAUUUUAGUGACCUACACAUACCAAGCUUUUUUUGUUACCCUGGGAGUAUCAUGUCUUUGCCUCUAAGAAUGAAAAUUUUCAAGUUUUACCUGGUCAAGUUUGUGUGAAAAUGUAGCAUCUGAAAUUUCAGUGUUUGCUGGUUCUGUUUGAUUGGAGCAGACAGGAGCUGUUGCUCUCCAAUCAGAUGUCUCCAUGUCUCCAUGUUAGCAUUAGUUAAACUCACACAGACAUCAACCAGGAGGAAUUCAGAAACGUCAUUCCUCAGAGAUAUCCUUUAACUUGUAACUGCAGCUCACAUUCACAGAGUGAACUUGGUUUAUCAAAGUUUUUCACUCCAGUGAAUUUCUUCAUGCCUUUAAACUGGCAUGUCUAUCCAUUAAAAAUGCUCUUCCAUCAUGUGCAGACUCAGAAAUGCAGAGUGACUUAAAUCGCUCUCCCUCGUGCCCUUUUUUUUAUUCACUUUUGUGCCUGGAAAUCGUCUCCAGCGACAUUGUAAUGAUGACAGCCAGCACACAGCUCCCUGUCUCUCAAUAAGCUCGCUCUUCUCUUUUUUUUUUCCAGCUUCCGACUUUUUGUUCUCUCUGAUGUGGCAACAUGGUCGUUUCAACCAAUUGGCACAUCUCGAGCUGAGCCUAUAAUUACAACUUUUGACAACACUUUUUUCUGUGGCACGCAACAGCCAUUUCUCGUUGCAGGAGCACAAAGCGAGGCCGGGCUGUUUGUGUAUGCAGAGUGAAAUCUAAUACCGAAGCUUUAGUGUUCGCAGACACGGUUUUACUGCAGGAAUGACGGCUUGAAAAUGGUUUUCAUCCUGGGAUACUACAGUUGAAAAGUUGAAACCACAAGUCAUUGAGACCUUCUCCAAGAAGGGAAAGAAGACUUAUGAAACAGGGGAAGGGUAGGAAACUAUCUCACAGACAGAAAAAAAUACCACCCAGGACGAGGACACAGACUUGAUUGGCUGCUGAUAAACUCCUUGAUCCUCAUUUACUGGAUACAGACUCCUCUCUCUCUCUCUCUCUCUCUCUCUCUCUCUCUCUCUCUCUCUCUCUCUCUCAUAAUAUUGCGUGUGGCUCAGCGAAACUCUCUGUCCUGAGAGACUUUCCCUGUGGGAUUAGGAUUAAACCAGUCCCGAUUGAGUCUCAGUGCACCGGUCCAGGAACGACUCUAAUCAUAGCGCACAAAGCUAAUUAAGAUGAGUCUAUUCCUGCUUGCACCUUUUUGAUGGAUCUGCCCGCGAAGCUGCUGAAAUUCGCCGGUGUCAUGAGGGCCCUCCGCGCUGAGUUAGCAGAUGAGAGGACAUAAUUGAAGGCUGGAGUUGCUUGUUCAGCUCUCGCGAACAAAAAAGCCUUUUUUUAAAUUUCCCCUGCGCUCUCUCUCUUGCCCUUUUCAGAAGUGAUUCAUUUUUCCAUCAACCUGCCUCCACUCAAAGAGCUCAUUUACAUCCUGUAAUAAGACUCUGUUUAAUGGGAGCACUUUGGAGCAGGUCUGUGAUGGUGUGGUUUCUCUGGUUCUCUCACUGGUUGCAGUGAAAGUGAGAAGCAGGAGCAGAGGUGUGUUUUUUCCCCUUCUCUCUCCUCUCUCUCUCUCCGGAGCUGCAGCCUGUUGACUCUGCAGCUGAUUCCUGCGGGUUUGGCGACACCGUCCUACACUCCACUGCAACAAAAAGAGAGAAACAAGCCAGGCUACGUGUCGUCAGAGAGCAAACACUCAUUACUGGUUGUUUGUGCGAGUGUGCGUUGAGUGCAGGAGGCACCUCAGUUUAAAGUCAAGAGGAAUGGUGUGAAUGUAAUGAGAUGCUUCAACAUCUUUCUGACUGUGGUUGCUGUUAAACUCUGCAGAGUGACACUGCACUCUCUUUUUACUCUCCCUGUGAGAGGGUUGGAGGAUAUUUGGCAGGAGAGGAAAGGACAGCAGCCCAUCAUGGUGCUCUCUUAGCUCUUCAUUCUGAGGCCUCACAUCACUAUGGCAACUAGUACAAGGAUGCUGAGGAGUUGGAUUCAUCGCAUCCGUGGAUAAUGUAUUGUGAGAAAGAGGCCAAAACGUGCAAACACCGACAACGAUGCAGCCUCUGAUGUAGGAGAAGUAGGUGAAAGGAAACAAAAAACAGAUUUCAACUACAGCAUCAAACUACAGCUAGGGCUGGGCGAUAUGGGAAAAAGAUUAUCACAAUGAAUUUUUUUCAUAUCAGUUGAUAUCGAUAUCAGGAUAUGAAAUGUAACAGUGCUUAUUGGUAGCAUGUCUUUUGCAAUACAAUAAGCUACUGCAGCUGUAAGGUCUUUGUGUGUCUUUGAUGUUUUGUGGUAAGAGACUGAAUCGGACUGAAUUGUCGGCUGUUUUGGCUGCACAGGCACCAUGGGCUCCUUGCCCAUGGUGUUCUCGCAAAGUUGGAGACUUUGCAAGAACAUGUACUCAACAUUAUUUGCACAUUACUCUGCUUCAUGUCCAACCUCAAAAAACCAAAAUACCUCCACACCACCGGUGUUUUCAUCAUCUGUUGAUCCUUCAUCUACAUUUCUGCAGGGGGUAGCACUCAUUUUCUUUUUUUUCUCCCCAACAGUGCUGUCGGCUUUACGUGUUUGAGUGCUGUGGUUGUGUGUAGCUGCUGCCUGCUACUACACAGUUGUUUGCUACUUGGUUCUAAUUCAGCACAUGAUUGGUUCAGCGCGAAGCGGACCAGGAGCAGCUCCCCUUUUCAUUAGCUAUUCCUAUAGUCUACCAAAACAUGGCAGAAUGCCGGUUAUCGAAAAGGAUAUUGACCAUGUUUCAUAUUGAUAUCGAGGGAAAUCAAUUUUCGAUAUUUACCGUUAUCAUUUUAUCGCCCAGCCCUAACUACAACUUUACGAGAUGAAGUGUGACAGCUCUCGAAUUUUCUUUUUCAUUUCCUCCUAAAUCUCUGCUUUUCUCUGCAUUUUUUGGAGGAGUGACACAUCCACAGGAAUAAUGAGAUACUCCUUUUUGAUGAGUUCAGUCAGAAAUCGCAGCUUUUGGCCUCUGUGUCGAACUCUACACUAUUUUGGGCCCGUCUUUUGUGUCUUCUUUAUCAGAUUCACCACAGCUGUGAGCCCAUACAGACUCCACUUUAUCUGAAGGGCCAAACUUUGGACAGGGCUUUCGUUGAUUGAGUCAGAAUAAGAGCGUCUGCUGACUUAAUGAAGCAGUGCAGAUGUAGAUGACUCUCCGUGACUAUGGCUCUCCUCUGUCCGGCUGGCUGGUUCUUUUCCCUUCACCGGAUACACCCCAGACUCCUCGUGUGCUGCCUAUUGACGGACUUUUUGUGCGUCUGAAUGCUCUAUUUGUGUGGAGAAUAAUGAUUGAUGGACUUUGGGGGUGGUGAGCAUGCUGCGUUCCCAAUCUCUUGUUCUUUUAGCGCCUGUUUGGGGAAUCUGACUUGGCCGGAGCUCAGAGCGGGAUAAGAGCUAUUUCAGGGGGUUGUUUUGGUCACGCUGGCUGCUGGGUUUGAGCUUUGGCUCCGGCUGCUAAAGUUACAUGAGAGUUCAGGCCUCCGAGUUGAGGUCUGGAAUCUAAUCAUGGCUGACGAUUGCACGGCUCUGGGGGUCUGGAGGAAGUCAACAACUCAGUGGAGCGAUGUUGUGAGAGCAGCACUUCAAAACCAGAGCAGAUUCCUUAGCUUAAUGCUAGAUGUGAAGUCGGGGUCACCGAGCGCUCUCACGGCUGCUUCUUACUGGUCUGUUUUUCAUUUCAGCACAGGAGCAGCUGUGGAAAAGUCUUCUGCUGUCUGUUUUGAUGAGUGAAGACUUUUAUCUGUGGACACUAAUGUGUAAUCCCACCUUAAUUGGUCAUGCAUGCAUGGGGGGUCACAAGAGUAUAUGGAGUUCAGUGGACAGGGAAACUGAUCCUGACCAGACUGUUGCUGACAGAUCUCCUGAGCAUAAUCAAACCCCCAGGAAUGAAUUUUAGGACUGCAAAAAUAGGGAAAAAUAAAACAUGAAAUAGUAAAUAGUAGUAGUAGUAGUAGUAGUAAAUAGUAAAAAUGAAAUUUCCCCAGGGACAAGGCAAAGUCUCAGUGAAGCUGACUGUAUAUCGAAUGGAAGCCAUCUGUCUCCUCGCCAGUGUUGCCAAUUCCUCAGUAAGGAAAGUAGCUAUUGGCUUUCCUAAAAGUCGCUAAAUGACGUCAUCGCCGAAUUUGCAUAAUUGGCCAAAUUGUAAUGGACACUAAAAGGGAGAGGAAUAUGGGCUAAAAUCGUUGGAGAGACAAAAAGUGAGUAAAAAGCACCCCGAAUAUGUUUAGAACUAUAAAUGAACCUACCAACCACAACAAUACCAACCCUCCUCCUUUAUCUGUGCUUGGGACCAGCAAAAAUGACCCAAUUUAGACAAUUUGGCAGAGUUACUGAGGUUUUUUCUUCUUUUUUUAAACAACCAGUGGCGGCUUUGCGCAUGUGCGAUUUAUUUGCGGUAUUCUGGAUGCGAAGUGCACACGUCUCCAGCAGCUUGGAGGGACCGCUGUGACGUGCAAGGACUGGGCCACCUGUGAGUGCUGUGGGACGCGGGAGAGGCUCAAGCCAGCACACGCUGCUCGUUGAGAAGAGUAGGUGAUGCGUGCUUUAAUGUCAAAGUCUCCAAAAGUCUCUAAUGACACUAUAAAAAAACGCUAGAUUUGUCGCUAGUCGCUCUUUUAAAAAUUAGUCGCUAGAGGGGUCUGAAAAGUCGCUAAGUUGGCAACACUGCUCCUCGCUGGGUAAAGCCACUGAGAGGGGGUUUGUGUUUUCUAUGAUUGACACUUGAUACAGCCUUUGGGCGUACGAAGAUUGCCUAGUUUGAGCUGUUUGAGCAGAGCGUCAUCACAGCCACUCUCCCGCCAAAUGUGUACAACGCUACUGCGCAAGCGGUGGUUCCAGGAAGUGGUGAAAAUCCUGGAAUUACCGAGAGCAAUUCAGCUUUAAAUUUGUAUAAUGACGGAGACAUCAUGGGGUUUUACACUCUCAAAGUGAUGUUUUUGUAUUUUUUAAGUAAGGUUGUAUAAGAUACAUGUCAACAGUAAAUGAACUUGCAACAGUGGGAGAAGCAGCAUGCAAGCUAGGCUACACUUUUCUGCAGACAGGUCGAAUCUGCUUAGUAAUUUAGCAAAGUAUGAGAGACCCCAACUCAAGCACUCAUUUCGGUUUAAAUGAGACAUUUUCCAGCACUUUGCCUUCAGACAGCCCGGUUGUUUUUGCACUGUUUGUGUUUCUGCUGUGUGCAACCCCUUGAGCCAGUUAGCUAACAUUAAAACAGGCUGAAAACACCAUGCUUAUGCUUAUAGUGGGACUCCACACAUGUUUCUCUCUGUUUGAGAGAUAAUGAAGCAAAAGCAUGCAUGUUCAAGCCCGGGCUUUCACUAUAUCAGAUUUUUACCUCAUGAUUAUUAUAUUCAUAAACUCAGUUGAUUCAUACAAUGAACUGACAUAUCAAAUAAUACUCAAAUUUAUGAAUUAUUCAUGUCUCAAUCUGUGUGUCUGUCUAUAUUAGCGCUCCUCAUGCACAGUGUUCGUCUUCUCCUCGUUGUUUGGAUGUUAGCAGUGCAGCAGGGCUUCAGGCGCUCCAGAAUUAGCGUCCACUCUGGCGUUUGAGUUACAGCAGAGCAGGAAUGCCUGCAGUGGUAGGCGAGCUCGGCCACAUGAAGGCCGCUUUGGCAGGGGGCCAUGUUGUGCUAGUGAGAAGGCCCUGCAUGCUUGGAUAUAUUAGCAGGGGUUUUGUAACCAUUGUAAUGAAACGGCCGGGGCUCCCGCGGCCCCUGAAAGGCCUUCCAGCUCUGAAUGAUUCGGAGCCAAAAAGGAGAGGAAGCAGCGGUGAGUCUGGCCUCGGUCACCACGUCAAGGAACUACAGGACAAGUAUGCCAUUCAUGGGUUUUAUUUACACUUCUCUUGUUUGUCAGCACACCCUGGUCCUUUUCUGUUUUUACAUUUAACACACACAUUUGGCAGACAUGCUUGUACAGACACACAAACUGAGGCGAAGUGAAUGCAAGUGGUUUUACAGGGGUAAUCAGGGACAGCAGAUUAUUGUCUCGCUCCAAGGCUUAUCAGACUACACUCGGUGUCUGUCUCAGCACACACACACAUUGUUGCAGCCCCGGCGCCUAUUGUUGUGUCACUGGAGGACGUUUCACAUUAUCCCACUAUUUACUAGAAUGACAUUUUGGCUCACGCUAGAAAGAGGAUCUUAGAAAGGAAUAUCAGACGUGUUUGAUAAUGAUCGACUCGUCCCUCCUCCUCCUCCUCCUGCACCUGUCUGGUGCCGGCGUUGUGAAAAGCCCUCGUCAUAAAUUCCUGGGCUUUGUUAAGAGGUGUCAGUGACCGGGUGCCUGAGGAGGGCCACGGGGUCAGGGAGGCUAUGUGUGUUUGUCUUUAUGCAUGCAUUUUUACAUGCACUCUCUCUUUGUGUCACGGCAAUAUGGUGAGUGCAUGUGCGUGCUAAAAGUGUUGGGGGUUGGACACGGUUACCCGGCUCAGGUGUCACCCGGAGAAAUGCGGACCUUUUACCCUUUGACCCCGGAACAUGGCCCUGGAGGGUUGGGUGUCAAACCAUCGCCCCUGAACCUCAGCUAGUGAGGUGUCACGUUUCUCUGCUGGCUGCUGCCACAAGGCCAAAGACUACAGGGGACACAGCUACAUGUGUGUGUGUGUGAAUAUAUGUGAGUGUGUGUGUGUGUGUGUGUGUGUGUGUUGACUUUGGCCAAAAUCAUAAUACACACCAGUUGAUUGGGGACGGCUUUCCAAUUAAGGACAAAAAAGGGGACCCUAAGGUGGGGUGUUUUGUCAUAUGACCCCAAAGGUGGCCUAAGUGUGUGUGUGUGAGUGUGUGUGUGUUGACUUAGGCCAAAAUCGGGGACAUUUUUCAGAAAACUCACCCCCCUCGUAUCUGAAAAUGGUUUCAGCUUCUCUCUAAACCAUUCAGAAAGUGGUGCCCCCCUAAGGUGGGGUGUAUGACCCCAAAGGUGGCCUAAGUACAGAAGUGUGUGUGUGUUUGUGGUAGUCUUUUAACUACUGCAAACAAACAGUUAUUAACUUUUUAGACCUCGCCCCGGUUCAUCAUGUCGAUUAUCAAAAAAUUAACCAAUUCACUCUUAAAGGCUGUAUCAGUGAGACAGAUGAAUGUUCACUUAAAGGUGAAGUCUGUAGAAAUAGGAAUAUUCUGCAGUGUCUUGUGGUCAGCUUCUAGUUUGAAAUGCUCCCUUGCUCACCCUUUUUGACAGCUAAAAAACGGCCUUCAAGGACAAAAAAGUCGAAAGUUGAUAAAUGUAAAUCUUUGUUACAUUAUUAGCAAAUCCAAAUAUACAACCUCUGUUGCUUGUUAUUUUGCGUUUUACUUGCAUCUACAUCCAAUCCACUUGGAGUUAUAAUCAUCUGAAAGUGAGAAGCUGUUUUCACGCUCAGAGACCUCCUCCUGAAAACCUUGUUUCAGCCCUAACCAGAGCUCCCUCUGUGUGUACCUGACCCCUCCCCAGAUGUUGUUUGGUGAGUUUACACCUCUGCCGCCCUCCACCCAUGUCCCCCCUCUCGGAGCGCCUCUCAGAGCGCCUCUGUGUCUAAUACUGGCAGGAAGCUGUGACAGGGAAGCCUUCUCAGCCAGCGGGAAAAGGAGGCUAAACAUGGUUUGGUGAGGAAUGUGAGAGAACAGCCGUGUUCGUUUGUACAUUCACCAGCCGGCUUGCCAGCCUUCCAGUCGACCAUCCAGACCUCUGAGUGCCUGGACAAGGGGUGCCUUUGUCCCCCAUCUGCUGGCUACACCCUGCCCUGCUCCUGCCCCCCAUCUUACCCUUCUCUCCAUCCUGUUGCGCCUCCUCUGCCUCCCUCUUUUCACUGGCGAGCUCUGGCCCCAGAAUAGCGCAGCAGGUCCCCUCUGAAAAUAGAGCUGGUGAUGUUGGCAGGGUCAGGGUCUCUCCCUCUCUUCCCCCUACUCUGUAUCUCUCUCCCCAUUUCUGUUUUCCUCUCACAGAAUCGCUCUUUUGUUCAAGAGGUUUGUUCAGAGACAGUAAUUAGCUAAAGAAAAACAUAGAAAGUGCCUGUCAGAAAAAAAACUGAAUACUCUUAAAGUAUUAAAAGUUUAAAUAGCUCCCAGACUUGGUGUCUUGUUUACUUUUUAGACCAGAUCUAAAUGUGUCCUCAGAGGACCUACAGAAAGUGAAUUCAUCCAGUUUUAGUCUUUAAUGGACCGAUGCAGGACAAGCUUUUCGCUCAAGUAGCCAUGAAGGGACAGUGUUAAAUGUAUUUUUCCUGUUCCCUUUAAUUUAAUCAGUUUAAUUUUCAGUUUUUCCUUUGCUGGAAAGAUUACAUUAACACCUCAAUCAGAGUUUGAGCUCUUAUUGUAUAAAGAGAGCAGGAACAAUGAAUGAAGUUCACACUGAAUUAUCAUUUUGGCACCUUCUGUUAGCUCCCUUCUGUUCAAGGAUGUUGCACUGAAGGCGUUAAAAAGAUACUGUCUUAUUAACACUGUUUAACUUGAUGAAUUUAAGUUUGUUCUUUUGUCUUCAAUUCUUAUUUUCAAUCAGCGUUAGUUCCCCUCAACUCCUGAGGGAACUAUCAGUCAUUUUGUCGCGUUAUUCCUCCACUAUUUUGUCAAAUUUGUUCCCUUUAUGUGGAGUUAAGCAUCCUUCACCUGCCUUUUUGUAGACAGGCAGGGAAUGGCAGGUUUUUCUGGAAAACAUCUUGUCUGUGUGGAAAAAAAAUUGACAGAGAAGAAUAAAGGUACAAAACAAUGAGCUGAAAGACACUUAAAACUGAGAGUAUUCGCUCUUUACUUUGUGCAUUAAAGUUUUAAAGUCAUUAAAUGAAUCUUCGAAUGGUUGAGUCACAUUUUAGGUGGCCUGUUGAAAAGAUUACGUGGAUAAAACUUAUAGACGCAGCCGUCUCGUAGACUAAACAAUGGUGGUCACUCCUGCUUUGAACUCUAGACCCUGAAAUUUUACAUUUUAGAUGUCAAGUUAGACUAGAAGUUUGGUCCGAUCCAAAUGGAUAUCUUUUAACUUGAGUAUAAUGACAGAGGAACUCUUCACAGUCUCUGGAUGGAUAUUUCCCCACGUAUAGAGCUGUGUGUUUUUCCAGGAGCAGAUGAUAUUCCACUUUAGUCUCUGAAUGAAACCCACCCAGAGCAAAGGGGUCCCACGGAAAGUCUUUGUGAAUGAUGGAGUUUUUGGUAUCUGUGCCACAUCAGCAACCUUGUUCUGUUGAGCUAUUUAUUAUCCAAUUCACUGUCUGGGUUUAUAUAUAGGGAGUGCAGCUGAAUUAUAUAGAGCCUGAGUGUUUAUGGGACUGUGUCUGCUGAAUGUAUCUCUGGUGCUGGAUUACUGGGUUGGAUGUAAACCUAAUCACUUGAUGAUGUGCCAUGAAGGUGUUUCCAGUAGACUGGAAAUUAUGGCUCAUGCACAGUUUUCCUUUGGCUUCUCUUUCCUGUUUGCUUUCACUGGACAUCUGAAGAUAUACUGUAAUUGGUGGUUUGUCGUAUGGAUCCAGUAUUUAUAACGACUUUAACAGCGGAGGCAUUUGCUGCUCAGAGUGAUCUAGAAGUUACGGUUUUCUUGCCCAGAAUUUGGUGGUAAAAAUCAGUAAACUUUGCUGCAACUUGGGCCGUAAUCAGCCAAAGACAUUCUUGGUCGACUAAAACCCUGAAAUUUUUGACCAAAAAUCAAUUAAUCAGGGAUGGGGGUUCUGACUCUGAUGGCAAACCCUUCUGCGGCGGGGACAACAAGGUGACGUAGACAAUCUUCCUGUCUCUAGCCGGUCUCCAGUGGGUUGGGCAAGUUAAAAAUGGUGAAAACAAGGGGGGUGUUCUGAGACAGACUGUUACAUGUGAAACGAUGGUGCUCUGACAACACCCCCAUUAGCACUUGGUACAUUCCUCCUGAUGAAAUUAACCAUAGAUAUGUAAGUUGACAAGGAACUUUGGUCAACUUAGCAUGUAUCUACCAAUAAGUUGACCGGUUGACUAAGACUUCUUUUAAUCGGCUUUUUUCGUUUUCUCCACAGAUGUUCCUGAUCUGCCCAACGCCGUCAGCUCUCCUCCUUCAAGCCCAAAUCCAGCCAAGAAGAGCAGCUCCAUCAACUGGUCCUUCCCAGACAAGAUCAAGUCCCCACGCACUGUGAGGAAGAUCUCCAUGAAGAUGAAGAAGCUCCCGGAGCUCAGCCGGAAACUCAGCGUCAAAGGGACUCCGAGCAGCACAAACGGAGGCGGUCAGUUGGAGCCCAGAGCCCAUUCGCCCAAAAACAGCAGGAGCGGUUCAGACUCUGCCCCUCAUCCUUCAGGCCCUCCCAGGUUAGCUUCUUCUGGAGGUGGGCAGGCCAGCCGGAACGUGAUCUCGCGCUACCACUUGGACAGCAGCGUGUCCACGCAGCAUAGCUUCAACAAAAAGAAAAAUAACGGCAGCUCAAAGUCGGCGAGCAAAGGAGGCUACCUCAGCGAUGGGGACUCACCGGAGCUGGUGGCCAAGUCCGGGAAGCACGGUUCUGCAGAGGGGAAGGGAGGGAAGGGAAAGGAGGCAGAAGGAGGAGGCUCCAAACUGAAUGGCACAGAGCUGGACAUUGAUGCUUUCCGCCAUUACAGCUUCACAGAGCAGCCAAAGUGCAGCCAGUACAUCUCUGGACUGAUGAGUCUGCACUUCUACGGCGCGGAGGACCUCAAACCUCCACGGAUCGACUCUCGAGAUGUCUACUGCGCCAUCCAAGUGGACUCAGUCAAUAAAGCUCGAACUGCACUCCUCACGUGUCGGACUACCUUCUUGGAUAUGGACCACACCUUCAACAUCGAGCUGGAGAACGCCCAACACCUGAAGCUGGUGGUGUUCAGCUGGGAGCCGACGCCACGGCGAAACCGCGUCUGCUGCCACGGCACGGUGGUACUACCCGCGCUCUUCAGGGUGACCAGAAGCCACCAGCUGGCUGUGAAGCUGGAGCCGCGUGGGCUGAUCUACGUGAAGCUCAGCCUGAUGGAGCAGUGGCAGAAUUCACUGGACGGUGGUCCGGAUGGAGACAGGGAGCCGCAGGUGUUCGGUGUGGAGGUGUGGAGGGUGGUGGAGAGGGAGAACACGGGACUGAUGGUGCCGCUGCUUAUCAGCAAAUGCAUCAACGAGAUCGAGAAGAGAGGCUGUCAGGUGAGUCUUUGAGAAUGAAAUGUUCUAGUUUUUCCAGAGAAAAUGUGUCUUUGUAGAUUGAAUGUCGACCACAAACAAAGCUAACGGCAUGUCUGAGUGAAUCCACUGAAUUAAUAAGCUGCAAAUACAGGAUAUGAAUCUGCCACAGAGUUUUCCAAUGAGCUCUGUGUGUUUGGUGAUGACCAGAGUAUCUGCUGAGUCUGUUAAUCAUAUGCGUAAGUGGCUAUUUAUGCUUUCUUGUUCAUCAUUUCUAACAAAUUCAAUUCUAACAGAGCAAAUGAGUGCACCAUAAGCCUACGAGGACUCAGUACUAACAGUGAGGCUGCCUGCAGAGGCAGAAAGAAGGAGGGGCAGCUAUUGGAUCAGUCAUGCAACAGUUCCCAAAGACUAUCAAGCUCAAAAUUCUCAUCACUUUUGUUUUGUUUUAAUGUUUAAUUUUGAAUCAAGUAUUAAAACAUCUUAGACUGAGUUUACUUUAAGGUUAAACCAUGUCAACAUUUAUGUUUAAUGUCAGCUGUACAUGGUUUGAGUAGGCCGUAUUACACAUCGACAUUAUACCUGCACAAAACAGCACUUUGGCUUUAAAACAGUGAAAUAGGUUUUGUUGUUCUGGUCAGUAACUUGCAAAAUGAUUAAAAAAUAAUCAUGAAGAAAAAUGUGGAUAAAACUGAAAUCAAGAAUUUGCGUUAAAAGCUUGUGAUAUGGUAUUUUACUGUAUCCCCUGUCUACCUCUUUGUAAAUUCUUCACUUGUGCUGCAAGUUUGCUCUCCCUUAGAUUGUUCAUAUCUUUUUAGUUUCGACAAAUCUGUUGUUUUCACUCAAAAAAAGAAAGUCCUAAGUGUUGGUCAUGAUUUCCAGAUCAAAAAAAAACUCAGUCGUGUUCAGUUAAAAAUCUAAAACUCAGAAAGAGAAGAAAACAGUGUUCAAAAAAACUGCAAACAUGGAUCUCAGCAGCUUCAAACUUAUCACACAGAGAAAAGUUUAUCCACUCCAUCAUUUAAUCAGAACUAAUUUUGAUUAAUUUUUUAAAUAAUAAAACAACAAAGCAGAGCUAAAGUCAUUUUGACCAUUAAUGCUUAGCUUAAAGUGACGGCGUUAAAUGGUUUGUCUCAUCGACAAAAAAAACAAACUUUAAUAAUGCGCCACAAAGGAAAAAGGGAGGAUAUCACACAUUUGCAAAGCCAGAACCAAAAUAACUGGAUGAAUAAUUGAUUAUUUCCUGUCUUUGAUCUUUAUAUGUAUCUUUAAAGACUCAUACAUGCACAGUACAUGUGGAUGAAAGCCGCUCUAAUCCUAUUAUGUGAAUUGAAAAACAGAUGGGGAGUCAUUUGAAAAGACGGCUGUAGGAUACAAUUAUAUAAUGCAUUUCUGCAUGAAAGUGGAAGAAUAGGGAGAGAAAAUAAUCCCACAUUCACAGCGUCCUUUCAGCCCGAUAUGCCGUGAGACGAGCGCUCGCCCUGCAGCCAGUCGCAGUAAUGGAUGAGCGGUACGAGCCGAGUGGAUAGAGGAGAUGUCGCUCUCUGCUUCUGCUCUCCUGAGGCUACAGGCUCUUUUUAUUCAGAGAGGAGAGAAGAGGGUGACGUGGUGGUGACGAAGGUGGAGCGGAGUGUUCCCCUGGAUCAUGUUUGAGCUCUUGUUUGCCCCCCUCCACAUUUCAUGUGCUCUUUGAAGCUCAGAGAAAGGAGAGAGACAGAGAGAGAAAGAGGCGGCCGAGUUUCUCCUAAUUAGAGCUGAGACAGCAGCAGUAAAAGUGUCUGGACACUGUUCCUGACUGAUCGCUGUAGGGGGGCAUGCCAGGGGCAGCGGGUGCCUGGGGGCCAACAGGCAAACAUUAAGCCUCUCUGAGGAGCCCCUGUGUCAAAUCAAACCCUGCCCUCCAUCACCGUGCAGCAUGUCGGGCCUCAAGCAGGAGAAUCCGCGAACCUGAUGGUUAAUUGUUGAAUUUAAAGAGAGCUGAAAAAGUUUUUCUUCUUUUUAAACUUUGGUUUCACUUUUCACAAAAACUUUAAUAUGUUAUCAUUGAUUUUUAUUAUUGAUUUGUUUCAAGUCUCCUUAAGUAAGUGUGUCUAAAAAACAAAAGUUACCUCCUUAUAAAAAGCUGUUUUCUUCACAGCGAGGGGUAAUUUAUGUGUGGGCUUUUACGUCAUUAUGAAUCAAACUGAAGCCACAAAUUUGACACUAAUAAAUAUUUAAAUAUGCUGAGGCUACUUCCAAAAAUAAUCCGAGUACACUGGAUUAAAUCUUUAAUGUUUAGUCCCAUCUUCCCCUUUGGAGGAGCUUGAUCACAUCACAUUGCAUCAAUUUCAAACCAGCCUUGUCAAAUCUGGAAAUAUAAAACAGUAGAGGUACGCUGUUUUUGAGAGAUAUAUACUGGAGACACUCACCAGAUGUUUCAGCUGCAGGUGUCUUCUACGUCCUGAGGCUGUCUAGACUGGACUCUGGUCAAUCUCAGCUGACUCAGACCAGCUCCAGCUCUGUCUUUACCAUAAACAUUCAGCCUUUUACUUUAUACUUCCUGUGUUUAUGUAACUCUCCCUGCAUGGCCUUGCCAUCGCCCACCUUGGUUUCUCUUUAUAUCUUUGUUUCUGGCAGAUUCUCUGUCCUCCAGAUCCUACUCUCUCCUCUGUUUUGCUGCUUUCUUUCACAACAGACUUUGCAUUUUGUAUCAGUCUACGAUCAGGCGGAGAGGCUCCUCCAGGUUGCAGGCAGACGGGGUUAGGACAGGGUUGACACCAGAUCCCAGAGGAAUUUUGCAGGUUGUGUCACUAAAGCAUGCAGGGCCAGAUGUGCAGCGGUGUGCCUUACAAAUCAUUAUGUGCAUGUUUGAUGGAGACUCCUUUUCAGAGACUUUUAGAAAUGAGUGUCCUCGGGGCGUCUCCGAGCUUUUAAGACGCUGCAUGAUUGUGGGCGUUCUGAAAAGGCUGCACACAAGAGGCUGCAGCUUUGUACGAGAGCACCGUGUACUCUUUAAGAAGAGACGUCUUUGAAAGCAUCUAUCCUAGUAACCUACAUACGAUCACAAACACUGAUGUUAUGUCAUGCUGCAGAUACGUUUACUCAAAAGGUCAAAAGCCAACAGGACUGAAAAUCAGCUGUAAGAUCAAGAUUUUUCACAGUCCACAUCAGUGAUGAGAGUUAAUCAUGAGUCAGUUAUUUGGCAGAUUGAGACCUUAGAGAAACCAGGACUUGUUCUUCAUAACAACUUCUUGUUAGUCCAAAAUAGGGCUGGGCGAUAAACUGAAAAUUUACCAAUUUCAAAAUUUAUGACAAUAACCAACGUCAUUUUGCUCAUAUUGAUAUAUUUGGUGUCAAAUAAAUAAAUAAAAGUUGGUUUUAAAUGUGUGUAGGUAGGCUAUGGUCUCUCGUCUCUUUAAGACGCUGUCCUACGUCAGAGACGUGACUCCACCCCAUCCAGUCCGUAACAAAGAGGGAAAGACAGGUGAGGAGAUGGAGGACAGUUCAAAAGUUGUAGCGGCUGAAGUAGAAGAGGUUAAUGUGGGAGGGGGUGAGCAGCUUGUGGAUUAGUUAUCGUUGUUAUUGAUGUGAACUGCUCAAUAAUUUCGUGACAUUGAUUUGAGGCCAUAUCGCCCAGCCCUAGUUCAAAAGCAUUAAAACAUCAUUAAGACUGUGACUCCAGUUUAAUUUCUAAUGGCGUAGUUGCUGUAUCCGAAGACUUGCUGGAUCUCUGACUGUACGAUUUUACAACUAGCUUUAAAAAGUUGCUCACAGAAGCUUUAACGCAUUGAUUUCUAACUUUUUCUAAAAUUUUACAACCUCACAAAGCAAAUGAAUUGGCCAGAUUUCAUGUCUGUCAUUAGAGGGAUAUACCUUACAAAGCCUUAAGCUUAAAUAUUUGUUCCUGUCAGAGAGAAACUGGACCAAUCAAAGUCAUUCGAGAAGAAAAAGCACCAGACAAGGACAUGAUUUGUAUGUGAAAUAAGCGAGAUGAAUUUAAUGGGCAAAUUUUCUCAACGAAAUUACAAACAUUGGUCAUUGGCAUGAGAACAGGUGCCUGUUUUCUUCCUUUAUGUAUUUUACUCUGUGUUUAUUCACAGUUCCUCCAUAUUAGCAAAGAUGUCACAUGUUUGGUGGUUGAAGAUUUUGCUGCUUUUAUUUCAAACUGCAAAUCUUAACAGAAAAAAAGAGACAGACUGUGAGGAGCGUUUUACAACGCCAUGAGCUGAUUCCUUUAAAAACGAAGUUGCAGUGUAAUGAAUUUUAAGAGAAAGGAGCGAUUCACUGCAGCGUAGCAUACUAGUGCAGCAAUACGCUCUCUCCCGUGGUUUUAAACUGUAUUUGGAAACCUUUACACCAGGAAAACAUGACAUCAUGCAGGUGAAAACACAUCUUUAAUUCUCCUGGUGUUUAUAAGAAAGGUGAGUCAUGUUUGGAGGAAGUUAACAACGUGGUGGACCCGACACUCGAGGGCAUUAGUGCGGUCAAACGCUCUCCUCUGUCUGGCCUUUCUUCUGCUUUGAUGUUUCGAUAAAGUCUUAAAGCUAAUCCCCCGUCCGAAAAAAUCUGAUCCCAUCACCGGUCCUACAGUCAGCGAGCGCCUACAUUCCUGUCGAGGGAACCCUUUUGGUUUCUCGGUCAUUGUGUCGGCCUCGUUCUGCAUAUAUCUGCGGUCUUGGCUGGUGCUGCCUGUUGUGUUGCCUGGCAGCCAGAGUGCAGAAGUGCAAGCCCUCUUUUUGGUAACAGCUGUUCCCCGCCUGCACUCGGCUCUACCCCCAAAAGAGAGACUCUUUUUUUUUUUUCUCAAUGGACUUGUUGUUCAUUGUGCCCGGUGACUUCUGUUUACUCUCACACAAAGCUGAAUCCUGGCCUAAUCUCUGCUCCUCUCUCCCUCUCGCGUGAGGGUUUAGAAAACGACUCCAUGAGGAGGAGAGCCCACAAAUAGCCGGUCUGGUGGGGAGACAUUAACGCGCUCCUACGCUGGAGCCCGGAAAGGCCGGCAGCGUGAGUGUGUGUACUACUGUGUUUGUGCGGACCCAACCCGCCAUUCACAGCCCACUGACUUAACACGUUACCGGGGCAACCACACCAGUUGGUCUGCUAUGCCACAUACCAGACAGACACAUGUAGGAGAAAUUAUGGUAUGUCUGAAGCCGGGACUAAUCCCAACAUAACAAGGAGAAAACUGGUGCCAAGUUCCAACUAUCAAAUGUCUGGAGGAAACUGUUUCAAGUUCCUCUAGGUCACACUAAAGAGGGUUACGUAAAAACACAUUAAAGGUUUAUCGCUGUGUGCUUUCAUUUUUAAUGCUGAGCUGUCAAAGUUUUUAUUUUUUCAGAGGAGCUCAGUGUUUAUCCGUUCAUUCAAGAAGCGUGUGAUGUUUUUAUAACACCUUUAAGUGUCAUUUUUCAAAACAGACUCUCUGGUUAUCAACUUUCAAAGCCAAGAGAUUAAAACACGCCAGUGAAAGUGUUAAAAACAGGAGCUUUUUAAAACACUCUAGAGUAAAAACAUCCUCUCAAGAAGUUUGUCUGAAGUUUAUCUUACGUUAAUGAUUGAGGGUUGAAUAGUUUAAAGUUGCUUGUUUCUGUAAUCCCACACUGUUGCAUAUGCAGUUUGCUCAUUUUAGCUCAUGUUAAAGCAGCUGAGUGAUUUUAAUACCAAGUCGGCUUCAUGAAUUUAAUCACAUUACCCUAAAAUUCAGCGUCUGGCUUUGUGAGCUAAAUAUUAGAAAAUAAAAUGUUAUUUUUCCACUAACUUAUAGCAUAUGUCACUACAAGUAUUUUUAUUUUUAUAUUUCCUCCUGCUUAUUUCAGCUCAACUCAGCUAAAUUCAACAUCAUUUUACCAGGUUACUUAAUUCCUUAUAGUUUUUCUUUAGCAAUUAGCAUUAUCCCAAGUGUAAAAAUAAGCAAACAAAAUGCAAAAAUUACCCAUAAAAUUGGUUAAAAGCAUAAAUAGAUUAAAGUGCUACCAUUAUGGAUGUUAGUAACUUAGCUAACAUCCACAAUGGAUAACAUUAGGUAGCUAACUUAGCUAACUAAUGCUAACUAAAAAGUUAGCUAACUAAUUACCUGGCUAACUUAGCUAACUUAGCUAACUAAUGGUAACUAAAAAGUUAGCUAACUAAUUACUUACCUAACUUAGCUAAGUAAUAUAAGUCAGCUAACUUACAUUAGCUGAUAUUAGCCAGUUUUGGCAACAUUGGGGUGCAAGAGCAGACUCUUUUGACCCUUUUUGAAGACUUGGUUUGUCUUUUUGCUCCUGCUUGGACUGGUAGCUCUUCAUUUUUCUUGCUUUGAAGUAGAUUAGCACAAAACUAGUGGAGAUUUUACGGUGUGGAGAUGCUAGCUUAUUUGGCAAAUAGAGGUAGCAUAAUAUCAUGCUGUUGUUGCACAACUUUUACCAACAUGUAAACACCUGUAUUUCAGUCAUUUUAAAUCUAUCUCACCUGAAGUAUUUUAAACAAGCUUUCUCUGUUGAGAGGAGGCAGCUGGUGGCCCAUCAAGCUGAGGCAGUUUUAUUUGUCUCAAAGUCUUUUCUGGGGAUUUACAGUCUGUUUAACAAGCCCACGUGUAUCCUAACACCCCAAAUUUGGAUAGGGAACAGGACAAAAUCACUUAAGAGUGAAAGGAGAUCCCCGUCAUUUGCAGAGAAGGGGGACGUUUAAUUGCUGCAGUUCAUACAGAGCGGAUAAAAGUAGCACUUGGUGGAGAAUUAAGAUUUGAGUAUGAGGUGCAGAAGAUCGGGUGUUGUUAUCUGAACUCCAGAAAAGUUACCUUUGGCUGCUCUGAUUUGAGCCUAACCAAAAAGUGUGCCCUGUCAUAAAGUUUAAACAGCGCAAAACUUUGUCAGCGCUUCAAAUAAACUGUCACUCUGUUGAAAUAAAACAGGAUGAAGCUCUAGGACGAGUUGUUUUUGGCUCCUUUCCACCACAUUGUUUGGGUGCAGACGUUGAACCUGAUUGAGAGGGUUGUAAAAAUGUCAAAUCAUAUGUUUACUUGACCUACUUGUGCCUGCGUCUGUGUGCCUUUGUCCUUCCAGGUGGUGGGUCUCUAUCGUCUGUGCGGAUCCGCCGCUGUAAAGAAGGAGCUGCGCGAGGCGUUUGAGAGAGACAGCGAGGCCGUGGAGCUGUGUGAAAACACGUACCCUGACGUCAAUGUCAUCACAGGUAAAGUGAUCUCCGGUAACACAAGACGCUCACAAAGCUCCGGGUCGGCACGCAUACUUAGUAUGAUUAGAAAGUGGUCAAUUAAGUGGAUGGUUUACAAAAGAGAGUCAGCGUUCCCAUGGGCUCAGGAUGAUCUCUGAACCUCUACACCAUAUUUCAUCAGGAUGCCACACAAUAUACGGAUUAGCAAAGACGUCAGACACACUCGGGGUCAGAGUCAGGACAGGAUGGUGAUCUCAGGUAAACUCUGAGUCUUCUCUAUCACGUCCACAGAUUAACUCAAGGAUUAUUAGAGCUACUAUAAGGAUUUUUUGGCUUGUUAUGGAACAGCGUGAAACCAACAUUAGUUUCUCUACAAAAGCAAACUAAUUAUUUCUAAAGUGCCUUCAGACACAGUCAUUUAUUUCUGUAUGUUGCACUUCAGAUAUUUAAAUGAUGGACGUUUAACUUAAAAUAAACAUUGGAUGAGGUUUCUUUUCUCAGAGAGUUUUACCAGCAUAUACUCAGGACAAAAUCAGCCAAGUUACUGGAUACAGUGCUUCAUCCACAGGGGGCGCCGUAAUCAGCAUGAAACAAAAGCGCUCUAAAACUUAAACUCAAAGUUUCUCCUCUUUUCCUUUUUGAGAGUCUGAACCUUUGCUUCAAGAUUUCUCAGCUAAAUGUUUUGAAGUAUUUUAGAUGAAGAAUUUUGUGACAAUAUGAAAAGGCUGGGCUAUUAAAACAGCCUGUAUCCUUCUCCAUGUGAAAUACUUGAUUCUGAUUGGUCGAAAUCCCAUUUUUAUUUUGAUUUGUGUGUUUAAGUGGAAACAACCUGACAAAACUCUGUAUAUCAGAUAGGGGUGGGAGAAAAAAUCGAUACAGCAGAGUAGAACGAUAUGUUGUCUGGUGAUAGAUCGUAUCGUCUCAUUUACCAAGAAUCGAUUUUUCAAAUUAAUCGCUAAUAUGAAGUCAAAUCUAUGGUAAUGGUAAAAUCAACUGUUUGUCCAGUGAGGUUAGAGGAGGUGACACUAUAGAGCAGGAGAAAGUUAGUGCAACAAAUAUAUAUAAGGUUUGCAAGAUGUGCUACAUGAAAAUAAAAUACAGUGUAAAUAAGACAAAUAUAAAGAAGCGCCAAAUGCUAAAUUAGCUAAACAGUUGAAAAAAAAAAAAAAUCGCAAUGAUAUCGUAUCGUCGCCUAAGUAUUGUGAUAAUAUCGUAUCGUGGGACCACUGGUGAUUCCCACCCCUAAGACCGGGUCAGUUUGGGGAUGGGAGUUCAGCACAUUUUAACCCUGCUUGUUGACACUGUGGUAAAAACAUCAGUUUCAUACAUCUUAAGCUGUUUCUGAGUGUGGACAGUUAACCAGGUUUAGCAGAGGGGUCUGAUUUCACUCUGUCAGGACUCUAGCUCGCAGAACCACAUGCUCACUUUGCAUUAUCUCUACUUAUGAAAUACUUUUGAGAGGUUUACACCAAAAAAAAAAGAUUAUCAUGUUUAAAUCUCCACAUUAAAUAUGUGAUGGAAACAUAAAAGCUCAAAUAAAGGCAUAAAGUGAAUCACUUGGUUGUCAACUUGCUUUAAAACCCAAUCCUAAUCCUCAGAUCAGAUUCUCACUUUGAACCUGCGACACAGAAGGACCACAUUGUUAAAACCCCAAGACAAAUACUCCUUAGAUAUUAGAAGAGAGGAGAGAGAAGGCAGAGGCAGCCUACGCCUCAUGGUGUCUCGUAGCACGUAAACAUUAAUAUAAAAACAAACAGGACAUUACUCAGUACAGGGUUUAUUAUUGAUCCUCUUCUCGCCCUGGAAAACGUGCCUGAACUGGUGUGUCCGCCGCAGAUAGGUCAGCACAUGUGUGAGUGUGUGUGAGUCUGCUGUUUGUAGUAAACGCAUUCCAGCAGUCAACCAACAGUACGGGCCUGUGCCUGAGGGGAGAGCCCACACACACACACACACACACACACACACACACACACACACACACACACACACACACACACACACACACACACACACACACACACACACACACACACACACACACACACACACCACGCGGUACAUUCAGGUCAUUCUUUUCCCUCAGGUUUGUGGUUGAGACAUGCUCCACACUGUCCCUUCUAGGUCACGUUUCAGGUAAAGAGAGGACUCCGGGGCCUCAUUACAGGAAACACUCCUCACUGUAUGAAUCAUCCUAUCAACUUGCUCUUAUAGCAGCGUCUUAUCUUAACCCAAAGCUGGUAUUUUAUCUCAGCAUAAAGCUCCUGUGAGGGGUUUUAAGCCGGUUAUGAAACAGACCAAACUCUGCUGAUAAGUUUGACUAUUCAGAGUGUUUUUUUUUUGUCAGAAAACACGACCCAAACAUAAUCAGGCGAGAUUAGCAAAAGUUCAGACAAGAGCUGAGUUUCGUGUCUGGCAUUUUACUUUGCUCGCCCUGUUGUGUACAUGUUUGUGUGUUUUUGUCACUACAAAGCUGUCCCUCUGCUCUCUGGUUAAAUGGUGACUAGAUAACACUGUCUUUUGACAUUUGCACAGGGGUAAAGUGGGCAUGUGGGAUUAAACAUGUCUGUGGAAAAGAGGAGAUGCAGCAAGCAGGAUGGAUCAUAAUAGCAGAGAAGGUUGAAUCAUCUUUAUACGACUUGAUUAGCCUCUCAGGUACAUUUUGACAAUCGUUUUAACUGAGGGAGAAUUUCAAGAGUCAAAACUCUGUAACUCUUUCUGUCCCACCCUUUAAAGCCUGGUUUAUACCUCUGCAUUAAAUCCACGCCUUAGGUUUAAGCUGCACUCUUUCUAUGCAGAAGUUCAUGCACACAGCCUGACAUGCAUCUCCUCAUAAACGCAGCUACACGUCAAAACAAGGCAGACUCCAAGCUCUGUGAUUGGUCCCCGGGGAAGCAUAAUAAUUUCCUGCAUUUACUACUUUUGUGGUAUCGCAGCAGCAUUUCCCGAGUGCUGCCUAGACCCAGUAGCUGUACACUCUGUGUCUUUAGUCAUCUCCUCUUUUUUUUUUUUUUAUAUCUUUCCAGAGAUUUUAACAAAACCGUAAACUGUGGUUGCACCGCAGAAACAUACGUCUGUUUCUGCUUCUUAAAAGGACGGUUUCCUCUCCACACUAGAUGCUGCUCAGUGUUUUUUCUCAUAGUGGAUUUAUGUAGGGUUUCCAUACUUAGAGUACACUCUAGAUUUUCUGUUUCUCUGAAGUGAAUUUCGGCUGCACACAUUAAAACUGAUGAUGGUUUCUGCUCAAAAAGGACUAAUGUGGAUUUUCUUUUCACUGGUGGAUGACAUUUCCCAUCCAUUAGAAAGAACUGAAAUAAGUCAAAGUGAAUAAAAGAAGUUUUUAUGAACUUUAAUGUCCAUGAACCUUCUCUGCGUCAAAAAAAGUUAAAUUUUCAACCAACUUUAUGUCUAUAUUUUGCAGAACAAAUGUCGAAAAUGUGAAUUCCAGGCUUCUUGAAAGCUCACUUUUUCAAGAAUAAAUUAAGGUGCCUCCAUCUAAACUUCGAGUUAUCUUCUCUUAGUUGACACAGUUCUCCAAACAGCUUCAAAUUGCCAACAAAAAGUCAAAAACAAUGACAUUUUUUUCCAAACCAAACCCACAUUAUCAACCCAAAGUGAGAUAAGACAGGUUUCAGACUGUGGAAGUGUCUGUCUGUCUGCGCAGAGGCCUACGUCUGGUUAUUUAUAGUCUGUGAAGUGUGAAACUUGUUUGAUUGUCCCACAGGCAGCUCUGAAAAUGUUAUGUCUCAUACUGGAGGCCCGUAAUUUAAAUGCCACUCAGAUUCCUGCGAGUCGCAGCUCCUUUCCGCUCCAUCGCUGUGAAAUUAAAAAUGGAAACAGUGAGUUACAGCGCGACUCCCGAGCGUCUUCAUCUCGCAAAAAACAGCCAUGUCAUUGGAUUGAGUAAUGAUUCCAGCAGUGCCACAGAGAAGGGGAGGAAGAGGAGGAGGAGGAGGAGGGGCAGAGUUGUAAAAAAUCACUUGGUCAUGAUUUUUUGUUUCUCCCACAAAAAGAGGAAGACCACGGAAACCACUGGGCAUUGUAGGAGCUGCUGUUGGUUUUGGGAAGAGGCCCCGUAUAGGCGUCGUCCUAUCAUGCCUGCUUUGAUCCGCAUGCAUUUGCAUGGCAGGGCAAAGAACACAGUUAACAGUUGAACGGGUCAGAAAAAAAGGGCCAGCACCGGCGUGGAUUGUUGGUUUUUCUCUCGCUGCCAAAAUUUGCUCCACCAAGUGAGUUGCUGUUGCAGAGACACAGAAGGGGGGGAGGGGGGGGGGAUGGGUUUCUGGUGUGUGGUGAAAAAGUCCAUCUGGGAUAUAAUCAUAGGUUUAGUCUUAAAGCAAACUUUCAGGAAACAUUUGGUGAAAAUCAGCCACUUUGUUGACCUAACUUUACCUUGUCUGACUCGAUUUUGACGGCCAACAUCCUCAAAAACAAAAAAAGAAAACUCCUCUUCAAAUUUACCAACGACUCUAGUAUCCCCUAAAGUUUUAUCAACGUAGAGUCAGACGACUCUAGGCUAAUAAGCAAACAGCUAACGGAUGAGCUAAGAGAGCCGGAGCGUCACCCGGCUAAUUUAAAAGAGGAGGUAGUGAAAGGGAUUAUCCAGGGAUCAGAGUUCAAUCCAAAGCUUGCAAAACAUGCUCAGUGUGCAGCCCUCCAUUGUUUCAAACACAAUCCUGCGUUUCGAGACACAAUUCAAUCAAACAGUGCAAUCAUAAUAAACAACAUGCUGUGACUCUUGUUAGAUUUGUUCAGAGUUAAAGAGUUGUACCAGAUAAAGAGUGUUUUUUUAUUUUACUUUGGCCUCUAACAGCGCUGGAGAAGAGUUAAGAUGUCACAGAGACUUUUUAAAAUGGCGAAAAAUUGGCGAUUACAGCGCUGCACCAUAAUGCCAGUUCCAAUGCUACACAUUUUGAGGUGGAGUGACUCAAACCCAACAUUACGCCUCCGCCUCUCUGCGUCAUACAUGACUUACAAGGCGUAAAUCUGGCAUUGUUUUUCCGACCUGGAAGGCUUCGGUCAGUCGUUUGGCUUACCUGACUGUUUUGGCAGCUUUGAUUGCGCCUCUAAUCGCAUCGACACAAAUUGGCUUUCAGCGCAAAUAGAAAACAACUUAAAAAUGUUUACUUCAUGAGCCUCGCAUCACCAAUUAUUUACAGAUCCUCCCGUCUGGGUAAAAAUAAAUGAACCCGUGUGAAUCCGUUUGGUGUCAGCGCACACUUUAGUGACCUUAGCUAAUAAUUAAACCUUCAGCUCAACCUGUUUUGGUCUUUGAGUGAAAACAAAGCUCCUUAAGUGAUCCAGUGAUGCCAAAUGAAACCAGUAUGUCACGGGGUCUUCAUCUCCGUAUUGAUCCUAGUUUGUGGUCUUUAAUUUGUCCUGCCUGACUCGUCUUUUCCAUAGCCUACUUCUUUCUGUGUUUUGCCCCCCCACCCUCAGCAGUACUCCAGUGAAGACAUGGAAAGUCAUUAACAAGUGCCCCCUUUGUUGCCGAACAAACACAGAUGGUAUUUGGCUCACGCAUGGGGGAUUAGCUGAACCCUGGGCCGGCCGGGGAAGCAGGCAACCACUUUACAAAGAGCUGCGUGGGUGACAGAAUAUUUCUUGAACUGACGGUCUGGAGUGAAAACCGGUCCGAGUCGUAAUCCUGGUAAUUGCUCAUGUAGCGUUAGGGACCAGUUUCCACUGUCAGGAAUGGGGUUACCUCAAUUUGAGGCCGUGGGUGGAGGGUUAUGGAAAAGCUGAAGAAAGGCCUGCCGUGCCACCAAACAAGGCAGCAACACACACAUCUCCUCUGGCCCCCCCUAGUGCUGUGGGGGCGUGAAUGACAGCAGCGAGGAGGGGGGGCAGGACGGAGAACAAACCCCUGUUUGUUCUCUGGGCGAGGCGUUGACUGCAGCGCUGACAAGAGGAGUGACCUUCUGCUUUGUUUGAACAAGAGGUCAAAGGUAGAGCCGUGCCCCAGUGCAUUGUGUGCCUUGUAGUGUUUGGUGGCACAUUUGGAGCGCCGAUCAAUUCAGGAGAAAAAAACAUAGAAAUACUCCGAGUAGUUGUUAUCUGCUGCUUUAGUUGUAGUUUUUAGAGGGUCAGAUGUGAAGAAAGAAGAUAUUUACUCGGGUGGUUGUGUAAAAGAAGUAAACGUUCAACUUUGUCAUUCCUACAAGUCCUUUCUGCACAAAGCCAACGCCAUAUGAGGGUUACCAUAAAACUGACAUUAUUCCAUCAUAAUCAUCCGUUAUAUAUUUUCCUGUAUUGUAACUUGAAGUUGUCUGUUGGAUGGGAAUUGUCCGCACAAGUAUAAAAAAACCAAGGACACUGAAAUUUGUGUCGAAGUUUCUCUGUUUGCUGCGGUCCAAAUCAAAUUCAGUUUGUAACUUCCAGAAAAACUGAAAAGGAUGAAAACAAAGGCUUUUGUGUUGACAUGUCUGAGAGAUAUUUGAAAGAGAGGUAUCUGAAAACUUGAUUUAUGUCUUGGUUUCAAGGACAUGUAAGCACUGAGGUUUUCCUAUGUUGUUGGCCUAACUCUAUGGUGUUUGAGAUGGAGAGCAGUCUUCACCAGUCGGACAAGUUAGAUCGGAAAAUCACAUGAGUAGCAGAAGCAGGUAGCAAAGGAGCUAUUCAACUCUCGGACACUAUUAUCCUGGGGGUCAUGAUUAAAGCUAGUAUCAUAAUUAGCUUUCUAACUAGCCUUGCAAUCCACUAACACACGCUUGUUCCACUUCCUUGUUUCGAAAAGAGGAAAUCAAUUGAUUGUUCAUUGUUAAGAUAAAUGUCUUAUUUUUUGCUUGUAUGUUAAUAAUUGCACUUUAACUAAAAGAAAUUAUGUUUGAUCCGAUCACUCGAUUAAUCGAUGGAAUAUUUGGUAGAAUACUUGAUUUCUAAAAUAUUCUGCAGCCCUACAAUCGAGACAAAUGUAAAAGCGACAAUGUAUCCAUAUUUCUGUGACAUGUUUAAUAGUUUAUUGGGUUUAAGUGUGUUAAAUGUGGUUUACUUUGUGCUGUUACCAACCUGGGUCAUUGAAAUGUGUCUGUUAAGUGGUUGUGAACAAAUCCAUCAUACAUAAUGACUUCUCAUCCAUACCCAACCGAAAAAACGAGGGAUGCAUUACUAUAAAAUAAAAUAUAAUAAAGCAUUAAAGUUUUAGUGCUUUGACUUCACCUCUAUGCUUCAGACAUGCUGGUGGAGGUGUUUGUCUGUGUUGUUUUUAUUAUCUCUGCUGGUGUGAAGCCAAACAGUUUAAAUGUGAGAGAACAGACACUCAGCGUGAGCUUGUUGUCAGCUUGGCUGUGAAGGAAAGUAAGGCACCUGCAGGGAAACACACCUGUUCACCCCUGAGCCCAUGACCCUGAAUGUGCAUGUGUGUGUUCAUGAUUCACUGAGCAUGUGUGUGUGUAGAUCAUGCACCAACUGGGGCAAAGACACAAAAGUAAACACGAGCACUGACUCAUAGCGGGCUAAUGAUUUACCUGAAUGGCUGUAUUCUCCUCACUUCAGACAAACACAAGCGCGCGGUUUGACUGACAGGUGUGUUUUUUUAAUUACUGAAAUGGAAAAAGUUUCAAAAACGUGUGCGAAGCUUUCUCAGAGUGCGUGACUGAGUGUGGAGAGGAUGUUUUGCUCCACGCCGCAGAGUUAACGUGAAACAGUUCUGCUGUUGUUGUGUCUGGAUGAUCUGCCUCACAGCACAGCGAAGGUCAGAGAGUCCACCGUGCUUCAGUUUCCAAGGGAAGUUGGACCUCUCUGUUUUGUAUUUGCGCACACACAAAAAAAGGGCCUAACUUUGCACAGAUAAGCAUAAAAACACACAGCAAAUUUUUGCUUCCAGGCAGGCUGCUUUCCUGCGAUUAAACAAGCAGAUUAUUAUUAUCACGUCAAGACUGACAACAGGAAGCUGGAGGAUGUUCCCAGAGUGUUUCUGCCUAAUCUGUUCUGGAAAUCAGCACGUCUAGAGGAGCGUGAAAUGAGAGGGGAGGCAUUUUGUGUUUAUGAGUUCUUAUCGCAUUCUGCUCAUUCCAGAUUUGUGGCAAAGCAGAUGGAGAUAAAUGUUAGCAGAAGAAUGUGAAACAGAAGUGGAAACAAGAUGCAAACACGCCGCUACAGAUCAGUCACAGAGGCAAACACGGCAAAGAGGACGUGUCUAAUCGCUGGGACAGUCUAUGAGGUUUCAAGUGCGUGUUUGUGUUGAACCCCGACCCUGCUGAUUUACGGCUGUCAUUGUGUUGCUGUACCUGAGAUGAAAAAGCGCUUGUUUGUUUGAGAUGUUUUCCCGUCAGCGCACCGUCACUGACUGCUUCAAGAAUGAACUAUAACCUGGGGGUGUUCCAACAAGGGUACCUCAUGAUUAUUGGAGCUUUGACUCGAUUAUUGGUGCCACGAUUCUUCGAUUAUUGCCAUUUUUAAUGUUUUUUCUCCUACAAGAUCAAUUUUGUCUUCAUCUGUGGCUACAUUUGUAAAUAAAUAGCCUAUCAAUUAACUCAGUUCCUCUAAAACUACACUCAAUAUGUAAAUAAGGUUUUUAAACAUUUGACUUGGAGACACAACAUAUUUUAUUUUAUGACUGCAUGACUGUUAUGUUUGUGAUGUUGCUGAGGUACUUUAUUUUUGCAAAUCUUGAGGACAAAAAUUCUUGCACAACUUCACCAACUUCCAAGGUGCUUAGAGAAAAAGGAUCUUAAGGAGGUCCAAAGAGCUCCAGCAACACUUGUAGUUCAGGAAAACAUCUUUAUUCAUUUGAAAUGUGUUGGUGGAAUAAAGCUGUUUUCCUGAACUACAAGUGUUGCUGGAGCUCUUUUGACUUCUUUGCAAAUUUUGCAAAUCGCGCAAGUCUUGUCAGUCGUCUUGUUUGCUCUCUCAUAAAAUCCAAAGUACUUCCACACGGUUGCAGUCAGCCCUGGUGGCGAGAGAAUUGACCGCUCUUUGGAGGCAGCUGAAGCUGUUGCCAUUUUAAAAAGAAACUAACAUGCUCUGAUUGUUGUGGUCCCACUCACUAAACAGUCCGGGCGGUGUGCGUAAAGGUUCCGGUUAUGUGUCUUUUUGUUCUGGCCUUGAGGCAAAGCAUCAAUGUUAUUAUUUAUUUAUUUUAAGCAUCACGUUAAAUAAUCGGUGCCGAAUCGUUACUUGAAGUAUCACGAUGCAUUGACACAAUAAAUUGAACCCACCUCUACAAUUUCCAAACCACAUCAGGGAAGUUUAUCCUCAGACUAAAGGGAAAGAGUCCUCAAGUAAGAUAUGAAAGAGUUUUUGUUAGACCAGAUUUAAAUCAAAGGUGCACCAGACUUAGUUUGAUAAUUAAUUGAUUAAUCUGGUUGUCUUACGACUUUAAUUCACUGUAAAAUGUUCCAUACCUUUACUGUGAUUGGUAAUUAAUACAGAGCAGUGGUUGCUGUAAUCGAAGUUCACUGUAGAUUACUGUUGAGCUUUUGUUUGUGCAGACACUGAAGUUAAUGCUAAUCUGAGUCUUUAUCGUGUGACACUGAACUGACAUAGAUCCUAUUCUCUCUCCUUAAUCCUCUAUCCAAAACCUCUUACCUCCCCCAGUCCUCAUGUAGAAAACAGAUCAUGAAUUUGAUUGUCUUCAGUUAAAAACUCUUAUUGUUGUGCGCCCAGUUUAAUCUCCAGAGAUUACUAAUUGAUGGACCAACAAAACCAGUAAGAAUCUGGGUAAACCCCGCAGAGGAGCGUUACAGGAUCUUACUGGGAUUAAGAAGUCAGUGUGUUAAUUUGCGCUCUCUGUUCUCCUCACUCGGCCUAAAAGGAUGACGGAGGAUUGAGAGUGAAUCGUAUUGUAGUUUGCUGUAAAUAGACGUCGACAGGAAAUGCGCCUCAUCGGAGAUAAUCCAGCCGUGUAGUAGUGACAGGAGCCGCCGUUUAAAACGUCCUAAUGAGUGUCACUUACCAAGGUGAGAGGAUUGAGACGCUAUUUUGAGGAUAUCUCAGAACAGGAAGGAUGCUGCUUGACAUUUACAGUAUGUACUGAAUGAUUAAUCCUGUGCUAAUAAUAAACUGAACAUGAGUGAAAGACAUUUCAUUUACAGCGUUUAUUCGCUGUAUUUUCAUGGCGAAAGCUUUCCUUGUGCUGCAGGCUUAAAAGUGACUGAUUUAGCUCUGAUAGAUUCAGGUUUAAAGCUGUAAAAAUGGAGGGAAUAGUUCAAAUUGUUGUGCUUUAAUAUAAAUGAUCAAGUAUGAGGAGAGAGAGGAAGAAAUCUGGAGGGAAGUUGAGUCAUUUUUGGUGUUAAACAACAGAUUUGUUAAACUCAUUCGCUGUAGUUAGCAUCCAGCAACUUAGUGUUUGAGGAAGAGGUCUCAUUUGAAACUUUUCCCUGUGCAAAGCUCGGGUGCUACAGUUAGCCUAUUAGACAUGUUUGUUUUUGGUAUUUGGACCGAUAUUCCACCUGAUUUUCAUACAGUGUUGUCUUUUCCACUCUUUUCAAUCUGACUUGGGAUCCACCCAUCCGAUAUUUGAUAUCGGUACCGGUCCUGAUACUGAAGAAAAUUCUCAAUUGGGUAUCGUGACAAUGGUCUAUUCAGUCUAACUCUAUGCUAUGCACCGUAAAUGGCAUCCACAAGUAAACAUGCUGAGCGGUCGCCACAUUAUUUUCAAAAUGGAGUGAGCGAAGGGGUCUGUUAUCUUGAACAAUAUCACAAUACCUCAGUUUACUAGCUCAACGGCCACUUGAAAUACCUGCGCAGUGGUGAACAAAAGAUAAUUCAGCUUCUCUGUAUUAGAACUGGAUCGGUAUCGGCCGAUACUAAAUUGUAGAUCUGUACCGAUGUUGGAGGUAAAAAAAAGCUGAUCAGUGCAUCCCUAAAUCUGACGCCAACAAAAUGAUGAUCCACGUCUUUAUGUUUGCAUUACAGCAAAACGCCAAAGUGUCAUUGAACACCCAACCUGGAUGGAAAAAUAGUCACAAUAAUCACUUAAUAACAAUAAUAAUAAUAAUAACUUUAUUUAUAUUGCACCUUAAAAAUCAGACGUUACAAAGUUCUUUAAGGUAGAAAAAGGCAGAACUCUGCGGACAAUGAAUCAAUCUGGUCAAACUAAGGCCAAAAGAGUCAGCUGAAAAUGCACCGAGGUUCAUGAAAAUAAAGCAGCACAAGGAAAGUACAGAUGAUAGAUGGAGAUGGAAAAAAGGAGGGUAGAUAGGAUGGAUGAAAGAGAAAGAAUGGGAGUAAAUGAAAGCAUGAGGAGAUGUUAAACGCAGGAUUAAAACAAUGAGAAACAGGAGAGGAGAGUUAGAACAGCAGAGAUUAAAACUAGUUAAAUAAGUACUGUAAUUGUAAAAUAAGUGUGUAGAUAAAAUAGAAUGACAUAAAUAAUAGAAAGAAAGCAUCGUGUAAAAGCAAGUCUUAAAGAGUGAGUUUUAAGAUGUUACUGAUUCAGCACGCCUUAUCUCCUCGGGAUAAUAGUUUAAAAAUAGACAAUCCAGGGUUUCACUUGAGUGAUGAUAAGACACGCCAACAUAUGGAACAAAUACGUCUUAACCUGCAUGUUUCAACAGGAAUAAUAAGCUGCUCCAGUUCGACAUUUAUCUUGCGAAAUGUAGCAACACAAUCUCAAAGUAAAAAAAAACACUGAUAUAUGAUCACAUCCAAAUUUUCUGUGAGCUCUCUUCUCCCCCCGCAGAAAACCUCCAACACAAUAAUCAACAUGAACCCAUUCAGCUCAUAAAAACAAGAGCUACGGUUAAUCUGGAUUUUCAUUUAUAGUCUGAAUAAAGCAGCAGCGUGAACGAAUCAUGUUUGCAGAAAUAACCUCAGAGCACAGCACACUUGAUCCAACUUAUGAAUAUUCAUUUUCAGCUUCUGGAGGAGUCUUUGGCGUGACCGCAUCAUGAUGUUUGUGCCAAAGAAAAUAAGAGAAGAAAAACCGGCUGAGGAUUGUAGAUGAGGCUCAUGAAUUAAAGGGAAAAGCUUGAACUAAAGAGAAACAUUUAGUCACGUUCGCGGCUAAAUGAGGAUCUCUGCGUCUGUUUUAACUGUUUGAUGUCUCGAACAUCGACAAGUACAACUCAUCACUGUGUUGUUUUUCCUGUAACGCUUUUAUUCUUCAUGUUUCUGAGCAGUGGAGUCAGUCUUUAAAGACAGUAAUAGUUUUAAGCACGGCCAAUAUCAUUAUAUCAUUGAUUGCACGGCCCCCAGCUGUCUCUGAAAACCGAUCCAGCUCUUAGCAGAACCACAAAGAGCUGUCACUCUGCCAGCGGUCUUUCUUAUUCCCGUAUUUACUCUUUCUUCAUCCCUCUUCGCCUUUGAUGAAGAGACAUGCCAGCGAUAUUUAUUUCAUGGGCUUAGUGGAGACAGACAGCGUGGGUUUUGUGCUAUUCUGUAGCUUUGUCUGAAGUGCGGGAGGUUGAAGUCACAGGUGUGAACACACCGUCACGAACACACACACCACCCGUCCCUGCAACACAUUUGGCUGCAAAGUCACCCCUGACUCCAAUCAGGCAUUUUGGUAGACGCCACAGGAGGAAACAAUGGGCGCUCGAUUCACAGCCAAGACAGCGGGCCAGGUUCUGCUAGAGAAGAGAGGGAGAAAAAUGAGAGCUUGUUUCUCUCUGACAAUGUCCAAUCAAGAUAUGCUGCUCCUGAUUAGUCAGAUUUAGACAUCCAUGAAUAUUUACAAGAGGCGGACCAGUCUCAGUUUUUAUAAUAGAGAGCAGGUCAGCCAAUCGAUGAUGUAUAAUGCGAACAAUGCCACAUUGUUGUUGAUAUUCAUGAAUUUGUGACCUUUUUUUACUUCACCGCGCUUGUUGAUGAGACAGACCUCCAGGAGGCGAUAUUUUUUUCGUAGAAUGGUAGGGAAAGGUCCCGCCUCCUUUGCCUCUGAUUGGCUAGCAAAGCUGGAAACGUCAUCUAACGCUCAAGCUGAGCGCAGGCUGUCGGCUCUGUACAUCAAACAGAACAUUAUCGCAGUUCUGAAUCUCCUAACCCAACCCCAACCCUAACCAGACAGACAAUGACGUUUUACAGCCAUAAGGAAUAACCAAUUGGAGCCCAGCACUUCUAGCCAAUCAGAGGCGAAGGAGCAUCCUACAAAAAAAAAAAAAAAAUUGCGGCCGGCUCUGAAGUCACACAUCAAUGAAUGAAACCCCGGCGGGUACGUCACAGCUAAUCAGCGGCUAGCUACGGUUAGCUAGUAAGCUAGUAGUGCCGUUUUUUUAAGUUCGUCAUUAUUUAUUAAAGCCACACAGCGAUGCAAACCAUAAACAUUUCUUAUAAAAAGCACUAUGUGUGAUGAAUUGUCAUAGUUUUUACACUUCAGGAGACCAACUUCACCCCCCGGGCAGAGAUAACACAGACUGCACCGAACGUUGUGGUGUGCAGCAAUAAGAACAGUGCUGACUUCUGCUGGGAUUUUCAAAAUAAGACAUUUCCACAAUGAAAAACAAUGGUUGCAUCCCAAAUUUAACAGGAACUUACCUGAACCUGAACCUAGGUGAUCAUUCAUUAAAUUUUUGUAGACUGAUAAAAAUAAAAACACAAGGUGAAUAUUUGGGUUUUGUCCAUUUACAUUAUAACCACAUACACAGGUCUGUCUUAACUGAGGUGGAUUUGUUCUCUCCUACUUUUCAGGGGUGCUGAAGGACUACCUUCGCGAGCUGCCCUACCCUCUGAUCACCAAGCCGCUGUACGAAGCCGUGUUGGAGUCCAUGGCGACGAGGCCUCUGCGGAUAGGAGCGUCAGGUUGUGAGAACGACUCGGCCGACUCUGAACACACCGUCGGUCUGCUGGAAAACCUGCCGGAGGUGGAGAGGGUGAGGAGCAGAAACUUGACCUCAGAGUCUAAAAAUGCAGUCACGGGCGUGUUUGUGAAGGGGCUAAUUGUGGUUUAGAUAAUUAUGAUGAUAAAGAUGAUACUGCAGAUCCUCUUUUACGUCGACUUUUACAUCAGGUAGAGCUGUCUCACACUUCACACUGCUGAUACAGAGAAACUUUUCUGCUUUCUGUUAUUAAACUAAUCCAAGUAAUGAUGUUUGACACAGAGGGAAAACUCAAAGUCCAACUGAUGAUGAAUGUCUAGCUUAUUAUAUAAUAAUAUUAACACGUAUUUUAUGGGUUUUUUUUGCUUUAGAUGACUCUGCGGCGGCUUCUCGACCACCUCAAGUUAGUAGCGUCUUACCAGGAAGUGAAUAAGAUGACCUGUCAGAACCUGGCGGUGUGUUUCGGCCCGGUGCUUCUCAGCCAGCGCCAGGAGGCGUCCUGCCACACGAACCGAGUCUUCAUCGACUCCGAGGAGCUGGCCAGCGCGCUACACUUUAAAAAACACAUCGAAGUCCUGCACUACCUGCUGCAGCUCUGGCCAGGUGAGACACGGUUUGGGGGUUCGUGAGCGCCGUUAUAGUGAUCUGGGUCAAAUGCAGUGGGGGUUUAUGGGGAUCUGUAUGUUGAGUGGUUUUGCACAAAUCAGCGCCAGCUCUGUGGUUCGGCUCUACAAAGGGCUGUAAACGGGCGGGGCCGCUUUGAUCCAUGAGGUUAUCCACCACUGGCACGAGUUCAGCUCGGAUAGCCACGGGCAACCAUCUGUUGGCUUCCUCAAAGGCGAAACUCUCAACAGACGGCUUCAUGAGCCAAUCACAGCUCAGGAAAUAAGCCCCAGUGUAAAGCAGACUUUUGAGGUGUGGCCCCCGUUCUUUCGGGUAAAUCACAAACCAAGGACGGCGAGCAGACAGAUACCCAGCAGCAGCUCCUCUCGCCACAGGUCAUCUGUCUGCCUGCACAGCUGCUCUGGGCUCGCUGCAGCUGUCUGCUCAGUGUGAGAGAUGAAGGAGCCCGCAGAUUAAUCAGCUGUGAUGAAAAAGAGCUGCAGGCGGUCAAAUUUGUAUCAGUCACUGCAACUAAUUCCAUAUCUUAUAACCUGAGGGGUUCGAUUUUUGAAGGUUUGUGUUCAGCCUGUUUUUAAUCAAUCUGUGAGGCUGGCAGUGACUUCUGGGCUGCAGCUCCAGACUUAUGCAAGAGAGGAAAUUGGACUGAGGAUUACAAACACAGGAAAACAUGAAGCUGUGCGACUUCUGCUGCGAGAAGAAUGACUCCACCUGAUUGUAGGGGAAAAAAAGUAAACCUCUGUGAAUCAAUCAGACUUUUUAGGAUAUUAAGAUGACAGAACCGUUUAUAAAAUUUUAGAUAUGCACAUUUAUCAACCCUAAUGAACGCUGCAAACUAUGAAAAAGAAACAGUCAUACUAAAUGCACUAAACUCCUAAAAGUGUCUUUUCUUUUAGGAGUUUAGUGCAUGUGUUUGAAUUUGAAACAGCUUGAAUUUUCACCCCAAAUUUGUCUGGGAUUUUUCCUGGUAUAAAUCUCCCUGUGAAGUUGGGUUGAGCUUGUGUGAAAAGAAAUAAGCAGCGGAAAAUUCACUGUGAGCGAGUGAGCAGGGGUUGUAUCACAGGAACGGUGGAAACCCAGUGGACCGGUGUGUAUCAGGAUGAUUAAAAAAACAUCCGAGGUUGAAGAGGGAGGAUCAUUUUCCUGAGAACUCGUCCUUCUAUGCAAAGUAUACUGACAAGUGUUAGUGCAAAAACAGUCAAAGUAGCAAAGGUGUCAGUUGCUUAUGUUGUCCACAUUACACUGCAGCUCGCACAGCAUGCUUUUGGUGGCAUGUCCUGCCUCCUGAAAAUCUUUAUAUAUGUUACCUUUUAUAAAAAUCAGAUGCAGGUCAAAGUGUUUGAAGAAAAAAACUAAAAUUAAUUAAAAAUCAUGGGACAUGUCGGAAACAACUUCUGCUCUGUCCUCACUAAAUAAAGGCAAUAAAAGCCCAAAAUGUAACUUGAAGAUACAGAAUUAGAUCAUAAUAAAUAAUGAGAUAAAAAGAAAAAGAAAAAACUUAAAGAUACAUGUAAGCAUAAAAUAAUAUUAAAGUAAAGUUAGAAAAGUAAUAAACAAUAUAAUUUAUAUGAAAUAUAAAGAUAAACCAAAUUUCCAGGUGCAGCAUUGAUUGUUAUCAGGAAAAUUUUAAACUUUUUUCGUGAUUAUUACAUGAUUGUGUAUCUGGACACUCCUGUAAAAGAGGUUUUUUGAUCUCAAUGAAGCUUUUCUGGUUAAAUAAAUUAAAUGAAAAUUACAAUAAUUGAUGUAAAUCUGCAAUCCAAUCAGUUCCCUGAUCUAUUACUGUAAUUAAUAAUUUAGCUGGAAUCAGACAUUAGUGAAUAAAUCUGUAACAUUGUGGUGUUAUCUGUGGAUGUAAUGUCAGUCAAAGCCAGCCAAACUUCAGCGUUAAGUGCUUUUUAGUACUUUUGUUUACCAUCUUUGACUCUGAUAUCACAGGAGCAGCUUUAACUACACCUGCUGAAUGAUAUCUGAGGAAUAACUGAGUCCAUGUCUGUCUAAGCUUCUUAGUUUAACUACAUCCUGGAUUCAUUUAAGGUAAAGCUUCUCUGGUUUACAUCAAUCUGGGGAAGAAACACGCAGAUGGGGAGCCUGAGUGCAGCUGCAGGAUAAGUCAGCAAAGACUUUUUUCCGUCAGAGGACAGAGCAGAUCUGCAGACGGUGAAGAAGGGUGGUGGGGUUAAGUGGUCUGCAGAAAAAGGUUUUUAAUCUAUAGUUGACGCCUGUACUUAUCCUGUACUCCUGCCUGCAGCUGAUGUCACAGAGCUUGUGCCUAUAAUGACCCCUAACAGCCUUGACGGAGCCUCCAGUCCAGGUUCAAGCCUCUGUUUACACCCUCAAAAACACCCCCAUUCAUCCUGUUUCCCCAGCUCAGAGCGAAGGACGCCUGGACUGUAAUUAAAGACAUUCCAGGUUUAACCUUAGCCCUCAGCCCCUCAAGCUUUACCCUAAAAUUUCACAAUCACUGCAGGGGUUAUUUUCAGCGUCCUCACGCCCCUCACGCUCACGUACCGGAGCCUCGGAGGCACCAUCGCUCACGCCUUAGAGCGUGCACAGCCUCGGGCAACAGGAGGUGUGAGCGAGCGUGAGCAUAUGUGUGCUGAAGAGGCUGAGAGGGGCGUCCAGAGUGAAUUAUGUAUUUUGCCAACUGUAUGUGUGAACAGAUGGUUGAACAGACAGAAUGAAGAAGAAGCGAAUGUGGGAGUUUGUUGUGUCUGCGCUCUUGUUUGUAUCUCGUAUCGUGUGCAGGGAUAACACGUCUCAAGCCACCAUGUUUUCUUUGUUCGAGAAAAUCUGCGCUUUACUCAUAGUUUGCGUCUGCUCUCUGCAUUCACGUUAGCAGCUGACGAGUAAUGACUUUAAUCACGCCAUCAGUGAAUCAUGUCUGAAAUUCAAUAACAUGUUGCCUCUUAAAAGGAGGAUAAUUUCUGUUUGUUUUAGGAGAUAAUUGUUUGGAUCUUUAACCUCAGAAAAGCUGCAGAGUAUGCAACAGCUGCAUGUAAAUAUACUGAAAUACUGCAUCAGCAACUGGCACUUCAUCAGGAGUCUCUUAGUGGAGAAGAGCUUCAAAUACAAACGCAUCUAAAAAGAUAAAAAAAUUUUCCAUUAGUAUUCAAAGAUAGUGAGAAUUUAAUGAAUUCUGGACUCAUUACAGGCAAAAUUAAAUGUUUCAAAUGUUAAUUUGAUAAUCCUGGCCUGCAGCUUAGAAAAUAUUGAAAACAUUAAAAAAAAUUAUUUGAGUUUUGAGUAAAUGAUUGUCUGUAGGUCUAAUUUAGCAUGUACAGGUACAUUCUUGAAUGGACAAUCACAGAAGGUCAUUGCUGAAAAGACACGAGCAACAUUAUCAAGAAAAGUAGAUUCAGAAACUCAGGAGAUGCUGAUUUCCUUUUGCACCUGCCCACAGCGCCAAAACUUCAACCGUGUGGUUUGCUGCUUAUGGUACUGUGCUAGAUGGGAUUCAUGUCAGCUGACUCACCUGAGGGGUAUUUGUCAAAUAACCCAAAAAUACAGACAAGCUGAGAGACGCUAUCAAAGUAAACUGGGCGUCAGUAACACCUGAGCGGUUCAACUGGCUAAUUCAAAACCCGUCUGAGGCAGCAAUUCAUCGUAGAAAAGCCCCAAACAAGUACAAUGAAGAAACUUUUCAGAAGUUUAAUAUUUCUGUAUUUUAAUUUGUUCUAUUUUUUGGUUGAAAAAUGAAAGAUUGUCCCUAGGGUUAGGGUUAAGGUCCUUACAUACAGGGAACGAUGCAAAUAUACAACGCGAAAUUACGAAUGUUUUGGAGGCAAAUUUUGACGCGCCUGACUAUACACAUCAAGUGUGAUGCGAUUUUGUGACUUUGCAGAGGGGAAAGAAGACGUGUGAUUUGACCGUGAUAUGAAAAAAUAAAUGCCACGAUAUUGCAGGACGGGUAAACGUUGCUGAUGUGAACGCUUGUAUUGACAGGAUACUGGUCAGAAAAAAAAUAUUGACGUCCAAAAUAAUCGGACGAAAAAAACCUCCCGGUGUGUAAGGACCUUUAGGGUCAGGGUUAUGCCUUUUUAAAUGUUGAACUAUUCCUUUAAAGACAUUACUCACUGACUUGUGAACAUCUAAUUAAUAAUGUUUUUGUCUCUCUUUUUUUUUCCUGCUCCUCCAGUUGUGGACCCUUAUGGCCAGUCCUCCCAGCCCCCUGCAGCCUCUUCCUCUCCACCCUUACCUGACCAACACUCAGCUCCUCCACUGCGGCGGAGAAAAGAGCGCCCCCAGGUCCUGAACCUCUCCGAGGCAGAAAUGGCGGGUGUCCUACGUCCCAAACCAGGACGCCUGGACAGCCCUAGCAACCGCUACGCUGGCGACUGGAGCGGCUGCGGAGAGCGCUACUUCCCCUCUGACAUGCUGCUGCCUCCCAGCAAAGAGGAGGCGGACUAUGACGACGUGCCCUCCGAGGACACGGAGGCAGCUGAGGAGAGGCCUGAGGACCUCGAGGAAGAGAAGGGGCAGAAUUUAGGCGUCCCUGUGUCUGAUCCUGCUGAAGAGGAGCAACCUCUGAGACAGGAGGAGCUGGUAAAGGACGAGGAAGAGGAGAAAGAGGAGGAGGACGGACAAGAAGAGAGUGAUAGCUCGGGCAAUGUGGAGGACAAAGAGGAGGAGAGGGUUUGUGAACACAUCCUGCCUCCUCGUCUGCCCAAAGAGCACACGUACCAGGCCUACAUGAAGAUCCAGGACAUCAGCCCCGUGCUGAGCAACAGGGUCAACCUGAGGGACCUGCAGGAGAGUAUCGACACUCUGAUCGGAAACCUGGAGAGAGAGCUCAACAAGAACAAGCUCAAUGUAGGAUACUGA